UUUGGCUGAUCACGUGGUGCGGAUGCCCUUCCACAGUGCGACAGUAAACAUGGCUGCGCUCUUGAGAUCAGCCCGGUUACUUAAGUUUUCGCCUUCGGGCUUGCUUCAUAUCACGGGUUUAAAGAGAACCGGGCCGUCAGUCGGUCGCCUGUACAGCGGGGUUGUCGGCGGCAAUAAGUCCGGAGUUUGUUCCCGUCAGAUCAGCAGAGCUUCGGAAAAUGCGUCCAGGUAUCGUGCCUGUUAGCUGGUGUAGCUGUGGUCCACGCGUGAGCAUGGAGCCGAGAUGUCAUUGAGGGUCCUUGAUAACUCAACACAAACCUAUAUUUAAACAUGACGUUCACCUUUUAAUUUAUCGCGUAUAAGUACAUGUAGCUAUGACAAUAUGUUAAAAUGGCUCGAGUUUACAUAAGGUUUUGAUCAAUGUUGAGUAAUCAAGUCACAAUCUGAAGCAAAAUCUCACUACUGGGCCACAAACAACUGAUAACAGAUCAUUAUAAUGUUAAUAGUCAGUGCAAUCUAUGUUUGUUGGUCGAUUCAGUGCUAGCUUUAAGCUAAAGGGCCCGUCAUUGGAGAGCAGCCAUCAAAGUGAUCAAUCAGGAGGCGAUUUGAUUGAUCUUGAUUUUCAUCAAUCAGAGUGUUUACUGUCACAGUGCAGUGAAUGAUGCAGACAGCAUGUGAUUCUGUGCUGGACCUGAUUUUCUCAAGGUCAUGGCCCACACAUGUCUGGCAGAGCAUCCUUAGAUUUCUCUGCUGUACUUCUUUAUUGUGUGUUUAGCUGUCCAAUCUGCUGCUCUAGUGGUCAGAUUGGACAGUUUAAGACUUGUAAUGUAGCAUGUAUAACCACUGCAGAAUUUCUAUAACCUGCUAACCUCUCCUCCUGCUGAGUUCUCCAGGUUUUUGGCUCUCUGUCCCACACCUUUGACCCUUAUUUACCAUUCUCUGCUCCCUGUAACUGUAACUGUCUUAUCCUCUACAGUCGUCAGUGGCCGUACACAGUUGGGUUUGUGCGUAACUAUGCUACGGCCGAGGAGCAAAAGAAUGAUGUUGGGCUUGUGAUACGGACCAAGCAGAUGCAGAAGUUCGACUGGGCCCUUACCAAGCUGGACAGCUCUGUGAGGAGAACUGGUCGCAUCACCAAGACAUUGCUAAACCGCAUCUUCCAUGACAUUUGCAGGACAGGUGGGAAGGCAGGGAACUGAAAUAUGUACAGUCACGCUAUACCUUAAAGGGAUAUUCCGGUGAAAAUUUAAUUUAGAGUCAAACACCAUAACACAGAGUCAGACACCCCCCUUAGAGGUGAAUGUUGCCGACCGCUUGCUUCUCUAGUUAUACCAACUUUAGUAACAACCGCACGAUAGCAAUACACAGUGGUCUAUGGAACCACACACAAACCUCAACCAAAAAGCCACUCUAUAGCCACAAAUAAUGCUCAGAACAGCUCCUAACUUCAUCAAUAGUACAUAAAGGGUCCAAGCCAUAGCAUUAGCCACCAAACAUCUUUUUAACUUUGCCUGAUUUCUUUAGCAAAGAGACUAAACACAACUCACCCACUCUCCUCCAGCAGCCGCUUGUUUGUAGCUAGACCUCGGGCCAGUCCAUUACGGAUGACAGCGGGGUGAUGCAGCUCAAGGAAGAACAUUUAUAAUCAUUUCUUUGUCAUUUCCUUGAAGUAAUAAUCUCCAUAUUAAUCAUUUUGCACUGCAGACGCGGUAAUUCUUCUGCCUUGGCAUCUCUGAUUGCAUUUCCAUGAAGAAAUUAUGAUAAAUGUUCUUCAUGGAGCUGCAUCACCCCACAGCAGUCCGUUAUUGACUGGCCUGAGGUCUAGCUCAAGGUCAAGCGGCUGCUGGAAGAGAGUAAGUGAGUUGUGUUUAGUCUCUUUGCUAAAGAAAUCAGGCAAAGCUAAAAAGAUUUUUGGUGGCUAGUGCUAUGGCUGGGACCCUAUAUGUUCUGUUGAUGCAGUUAGGUGCUGUUCUGAGCAUUAUUUGUGGCUAUAGAGUGGCAUUUUGGUUGAGGUUUGUGUGUGGCUCCUCAGACCACAGUGUAUCGCUAUCCUUGGGUCGUUGCUAAAGUUGGUAUAACUAGAGAAGCAAGUGGUCGGCAAUAUUCAUCUCUCAAGGGGGUGUCUAACUCGGUGUUACGGUGUGUUUUGACCCUGAAUUAAUUUUACGCCGGAAUAUCUCUUUAAGAAAUUUUUCUUAUAUCUGAAAGAUGCAUUUGAUGGUGCUGUUUUUUUGGCUUGCUCCCCAACACAAAGGCAAAACUGACCAGUAGAUAACACACUUAAAAUUGACAGGUACCCUGUGCAACCACACUUACAGUAUAAAGAAACAAAACAAACAAAAAAGAAGCACAAACAUGCAAAUGUGCAAACAAAGACAAACAUUAGUUAAGUUUGGUACAAAAUCACAACUAACGGGUAAAUUCACAUGUAUAAAACUUCAGAGCUUGGGAUCAAAAUGUGAAUACUUAAGAAAGUACUGCAACUGGUAAAAUUACUAUGACAGAAAAGAGGCAACUGGCCUCGUAUCAUGAACUUCGGUGACAUAUAACAUGCAGUGUAUGGAAAUGAAUGAAGCAUAAUGUUAUUUGUCAUUAGACUAACUGGCUCUUACUUUUAUCAGUUCUUUCUUUUUUGUCUUCACUCUUUUCCUUACCUUCUGUUCUUGUGUGUUUGUAGGCUAUCCCAGUGGUAACCAUGCCUUGUUACUGCUGCGCAGCUGUGGCUCUCUGCUGCCAGAGAUUCCUCUUCAGGAGCGCAAUGAUUUUGCACACCGUAUUUGGGAGAAGUUGCAGGAGAUGGGUAAGAGGCUUUGUAAACAGCUAAAGCUGAGCCGUCUAACUUCUGAAACAAUAUAACUUGCUGUUUUGUGUAGUAAACUUGAGAACAUUUGAUCAGACUUUCAUUUUUUCAUGAAUAAGUUCAUAUUGUAAAAUUAGAACUGAGGCUACCCAGCAGCUUGCUAUGAACUUGGCAGUUUUUCUUGAUUGCAUGCCGCAGUGUUGCUGAAGUAAUAGGUUUGCACAUCAUCCUUCACAGGUGCUCAGUAUGAUGUCAGUCACUACAACGCUUUGCUGAAGGUUUACCUGCAGAAUGACUUCAAGUUCUCUCCCACUGACUUCUUGGCCAAGAUGGAAGAAGCUCACAUCCAACCCAACAGAGUGAGUGCUUUAGUGCUGGGUACAGAAGAGCACCUUGGUGUGAAACAAAAUGUCUUUGGAAAGGCACUGUGUAGUGUUGUCAGUAAUAAGAAUCUGUUCUUCACAUCCACACUUGCACACUUGAGUUGCAUUAUUGCAGCCCGUUUCAACAUCUUAUGAGUGUUUUUAUUUUUUAAUUUUAUUUUUAUCAGGGAGAAACAUUCAAAAUGUGUCCAAUCACAAUUAAACAUUUGUGGCAAAGCAAACAAACAUGCCCAAUUAGACUAACAUAUUUUCUGGUCUAUUACACUCCCUUUCAUUUUAUAAUAUGUAAAGUAAACAUUUGAACAAUGGAUGUCACAUUUCCUCAUUUUCCACAAGAUCUACUAAUAUCAUUUUUCAGUUGUCCAAGUAGUUUAAUAGUCUGGUACUUCAAGCCAUGUAUCAGAGGUAUUUAGAGCAGUUCAGGUCUCCGUGCUCUUAUAUAACUGAUCCAUUUCGACCAACGUCUCUUUCAUGAACAGUUCCUUGCCAGUCUUCCAGUGUUGUGUUCACUUCCUUGUUCUAGUCUUCUUUGCCCCAAUCAGUAAUUUCUUCAUUAGAUAUUUUCUGCUAUCACUUGAGUACGCAAUGCCAUGGUACCGAAAUACGUUAAACUGACACCAAAUUGUAUAAUAAUUUGAAAUAUGUAUUCCAGACAAUCAUGAAUAUCAUGCCAAUAAGACAAAAGAUUCGGGCAAUCCUAAAAUAAAUGAUAAUGGUUUACUAAAUCUGAACCACACAUCCUCCAACAACUUGCUCCACUGCCUUGAUGUUUCCUCUGAGCCAAUGUUAUAAAAAAUCUCAUGACGUUUUUCCAUCCAAAUCACCGCCACCCAUGUGAAUUUGUGGUUUUCCACUGUAAUUUACAGAUAUCUUCCCAUUCUUCCUCAGAUAUGACCAAAUCUCCCUCCUUUUCCCAUCUACAUUUAACAUGAAGGGUGGUAGAAUUCGAGGAGUCUUGAAAACUUUUAUAUAACCUAGAUAUUAAUUUCUUUCCACUACAUCCCUAUGAGUUUAAUGGCUUUGAGACGUAUUUGUUUGUCUUUUUGUUUUUGCAUAGGUUACUUACCAGAGACUAAUUGCAGCCUACUGCCAAGAUGGAAACAUUGAGGGUGCCAGGUGAGCACACUUCCUUCUCUCGCUAGAAGCCAACAGAGUUAUCUCUCUGAUGAGUAACUCUGCUGCUUGACAGCCAAUUUCUAAAAAAGCACUGUCCUUACACCUGAGCUUAUUGGAUGUAUCACAUGCUUAUACAUAUUUUAUGGCAUGAAUUGGUUGAUUUAUUCUUUCAACCCUGUUGAUUACAUCUUCAGUACCAACUAUCAGUCAAAUAUUUUGCCUUUGGAUUGACCCGUUUUUAUCUCGCCUCUGUUUUCUUAGCACUAUAUUGGGUUUCAUGAAGAGCAAAGAUUUGCCCAUCACUGAUGCUGUUUUUAACUCUUUGGUGACCGGCCAUGCUCGUGCAGGGUGAGUCUCGCUUCAUGGGUUCCAACAGUGUAAUGUAUCAUAUGGAUUUUGAAAAAAAAUGUUUGAACAGAGAUAAUUAAUUUUUAAACCACCUGUUAUUUUCAGGGACAUUGAGAGUGCAAAGAAUAUCCUGCCUGUGAUGAAGGGAGCAGGUAUCGAACCAGGUCCUGACACCUAUAUUGCCCUGAUGAAUGCCUAUGCUGAAAAAGGAGACAUGGAGAGCCUGAAACUGGUGUGUUCUUAUUCACUGAGUAAUUUUCCUCAUUUUGUGCCUUAGACACUAACUACAUCUUCAUCCUUUUACUUAUGUGUCUUUCUCUCUCCUCCUAUUCCUGUUAGACAAUGAAAGAAGCAGAAACUGCAGAGUGCAGUCUGAUGGACAGGGACAUCAUGCAGGUCAUCUUCACUUUGGCCAAGGCUGGACAAGAGCAGCACAUCCAAGAAAUGACUGAGCACUUGAGGCAUGAGAGGGGUUAUGUUCCAGGUAAACAUCUCCUCAUACCUCAUCUAUGCCUUUGCCCUUGUAAUCGCCAUCAGCUGUGGUCAUGCAAUUACAAAAUGUGGGACGUAGGACUCAAAGAAAAGAAAAACAACUUGGUGUACAACAGUAAAUGUGAUUUUGUGCCAUAUCACCAGGCCUCAUUGGCAUAUUUUGCAUCCAGAGCAACAUAACAUGUUAUAAACUGCAGUACGUGAAUUGAUCUUCAGAUCAUGUUUGCUAUGUUUGUUUUCCUUAAAAGAGAGAAAAGGCCUAGAAAUACACUUUUGACAUAUAAUUUGCUUCUCAUACCCAAAGUGUUUGUAAUUACAUCGACAAUGUUUUCAGACUGAGUACAAUCUGUGUUUGUUUACCUCUUAUAGAUGCCAUGAACUUGUGUCUGAGCCUCAUCACUCAGGGCCUAGAGGACACCGCCUUCCAAAUGCUGAAGACUUUCCCCUCACUGCAGUCUGAGUCUGCCAACAUGGGCAACUUCUUCCUCAGACACUGUGUCAGCAUGGACACGGUACACUGUUAAAAGACUGCUCAUUGUUCCUCUGACUGUCUUUGAUGAUAGAUACACCAACUAAAAUCUGACAGGAUUUAAAGAUUCUUUAAUGCUAUCAUAAAGCUGGCAUUAUCUUUAAAGGUGAUAGUAAAUGAAGAUGGUCAAAUAAAAAUUUUCUUUGUUUGAUCGUUUGUUUCAGUCUUUGGAGAAGUUGUCUCAAUUUUGCAAAGAGCUCCAGGAGUUACAACUGCAUUCCUCACCACUGAGCUUCACUCUGUCUUGUGCUCUGGAGGCCAAUAAGCCAGGUAGAGCACACAUAAUUUCACAUUUAUUUGAAGACUGUUACCACUCUCCUUUAACUUACAUCUAAUUAAUGUGUAAUUAAUGUGAGUUUUAUUAUCAAAUUUUUUUUCCAGAGAUGUCUUUUGAGCUGAUGAAGGAGAUGAAGGAGCAGGACUUUCCCAUAAGGCCCCACUACUUCUGGCCCCUCUUGACUUGGCACUUAAAAAACAAUGACCAAGAUGGUAUGCGCACACACACACACACAGAAUCAGUGUUUUUAUAUGUAGUGUAUAUGAGGUGUUGAUGCAUCUGGUGAAUUAGCCAGCUUCAUAUCGGUGAGAAUGUUGCAGUCUAUCAGCAUAUGUGUUAUUUUAGAGGGGUUUAAGGGGAUUAUGACUUCCUCUGUCCUCUGUACCAGAAAGAGCUUUUAAAGGAGUGUUUCCCUCAAAUAUUAAUGCACUUCAGAGUGGUCCUACUGGGACAGGUUUCACUGGGCAGGGGCAGUCAAGGGCAAAGAGGUCUGAUCCCUGCGUGAGAGAGUUGAAGCAGGAAAGGAUGAAACAACACAUGCAUACACACUUCCUCACAAACCGGCCUACACACACACACACACACACACACACACACAGACACACACACACACACACACACACACACACAGGUCUCUCUGGAGAUCUCUGGGAAUAGAUCAGAGUUUAGAACUUUGAACAGAUGAACUCCGGACCAAAAAGGCACUCUGACUUUCAGAAAGUGUGCUCAGACAUGAAAGUCAGAGCUGUUAUUUGUCUGAUCUUCAAAUUCUGGACUGUUGUUCCCUCCUGGGUCUGAGACUACAAGACACUUUUUGACUGAGAGUUGAGAGUACAGUAAAGCUUCAUGUCCUCGGCUUACAAAUGCAGAGCAGCAAAAAGAACUCUAGACUGCAGAUUUGCACAGAAGCCAGGGGUUUGGAGGAGGUCGUUUAAAACAAGAAUGGAGAAAAAUAUUCAAUAAAGUAUAGAUGCUUGCCGAAGGAGUCCAAUUUUAAGAACUGAAAUUUGGGGAUUUCAAGGAGCAUCAACACCUUGAUGGACCAAAGGGCCAAUGGUGGUGGACAGCUCCUCUCUCUUCGCUGCAGGACAGAAAGAUUCAGAAGAUCUUUUGUACCAACGGCCAUCAGCUUUAUAGCUCUUGUGUAAAUAGUAGAUAACUUUUAGAGACAUAUUAUGUGAGACAACAGAAUUGAAUUUCUCUUCGGAGAUUAAUAAAGUUCUUCUUAUUCUUAUUCUCUUAUUCUUUUGUGGACCAGUGCAGAUGUGGUGAAUUUUUUACUCUUCUGACUGAUGAGCUGACCCUUGUUGCUUGUUUCCAUGAUUUUCCUUCACUCUCUAAUUUUUGAUGAAACAAGCCUGGCUUACUUUCUCAGAUCACUCAAUGUGAAUAAAUCCUGAUUUUUAUUUAACCAGAGUUCAAGAUUAGUCAAUCUGGUGACCUUUGCCUCUCAACAGGGAGCAGCUUAUGUUCCUUGUUGGUGUCACAGGGGGGCUUCAGCAGCGUGGGGCAUCCCCUCUUACACAUCCAAACACACAUUCAGAGGUUAGAGGUCAUUUUGCUCCAGCGGUUGCCUUAAAAUCCUCCCCAAACUGGACCUUUUUUUUCUCCCAGUUUUCGCCCAAGUCCUCCUCUGUCCCGUUUCUUUUUUUUUAUUGAAGAACCUUUUGUGACCCACAGUUCUCAACAGAUGGAUGAUUCUUGUAGGGUCUCUAUGAACUCCCGAUGACCCAUUAUAUUUCUAUCGAGCUUUAUGAGGUGAAGGUACCCAGAAAAAAGUUCAGUCUGAGGCUUCACUGACAUGUCUGGCCUUGAGUUCUUUGAGGUGAUUUUGUUGGACAGAGUCAAAAAUGUAAGCACGUGUCUUCUCCAUCUGCUACUCAGUACAUUUGAACAGGUCAUUGUGCCCAGCUUGGCAGAAUCGUUCUGCUCCUGAUUUCUCUCUUUGCCUAAGAAAAUUGUUAAACACUUUCCUUGUUUUUGCCAGCGAUGAGCGCGUGGGGGGAAAUCAUCUCGGUGACAGAUAGUCGGCAUUUGGAGACUUGUCAGAAUUCACAUCUCAUUAGGAACGUACUCUGUCAGAUGUGUUCGGUAGUGGCUUGGCUUUUAAGUGCUUUAUUUAUGCUGAGCUCUGGCUCUCUCUUUGGGCUUUUUUAGAGCAAUGAAUAAAUGAUGCAUUUUGCCCCUGUCAGCUAAUUGACGCCAUUUGAGCUGGCAGGGAGGAAGGGCUGGUUAGACCAGGGCGGUGACGCGCAGAUUGACUUCUGUGUGCGGUCCAGACAUAUUCUCAGUUUGAAUGGUGUGAUGCUUCAUUGCCCGGCUUGGCAGCAUGAAGAAGAGGAUAAGACGUGUGUUUAAACAUGCACAACCCCACACACACAGACAAGCUCUUAGCGGAAUCUGCUGACCGCAGAGCCAAACAUACACAUCAGACAGCAUCCAUCCAAUUAUCACAGGGUGAAAAGAAAGAAGGAAAGUGAAGAAACUUUGUUUAUGCUCACGCACUCGCUUGUUUCCGGCAGUGUUUGCCUUAACCCUGAUGAAUCAUGCAGCCUCUCUUUUUUUCCCUCUCUCUCUCUCUUACACUCGUUGGCUGCAGGAGGUGUGUGUGUGUCCACAUAUGUGAGGGGUGGGGUAGGGGCGACUUUAGGAGGCCAGUGCAGGUGAUGUGACUGAUGCGGAGUGACUUGAUUUCAUGUAAAUGCAAGCGCUCUGAGGGAAUUCACUUUGGAUUACGCGCCCCACUGUGCACGGCCCAUGAAAUAUUAAGCCCCGUGUCACUUUUUGUCCACAGGUGUCACUAGCGGGCAGAGAGGGGUCGGAGCCGUAGAGUGGGAGGUGAACAACAGGGGGGGCGGGGGAUGGAGAGGGAGGGAGAAAAAAAAAAAUCCCUUUGCCUUUUGAUGAGGUGUGGAUUUGGCGGGUUUAGCGGAAGCAUAUGCUGGCCUAUACUUCCCACCUGCCGCCAGCUAGUCACCGCUUGUCAGUCCUUGGACGCAGCGCGCUUUUAUCACUUCUGACAUGGCGGAGGAAGAAAAAAGGAAAGAGAGGGAGGGAAAGUGCAGAGGAUGGGAGUGUUUUUCGGCCUUGUUUGUUUUAGGACGAGAUGUAAUGGUCCUCUUUUUGAGUCUGCUGCACCAACCUAAUAUGAUCAUGCACACUUUUACUCUUUCUUAAAUACUGACCUGUCAAAUCUGUCAUAUAAAGUCAUUUGUAGCCAGUGCCACCAAAGUAAUCUGCAAUUUAGUCCUCAUGCACUCAGCGGAGUUAAUACAGAUGGGAGACAAGUAUCAUCAUCUUCAUUAAAGAUAGAUAAACAAAUGAAAAAGGAAUCAAACGGGGCUAAAAAGGCUUCUGUUCUUGUACUUCUCUGUUUUCAAACAACAAGCGGUCAUUGCCUUGCAGCAAACAAAGUCCAUCUUCAGAGAGUCACAGACACUGAGAGAUAGAGAGACAGAUGGUGUUGGAGGCGAAAGAAAAGGAGAAGUGACAGGUACUCAUGUCCAAGGAUGGGAGGAGAUGACAGCGACCAGUUCACUCCACUCCUCUUUUCCUCUCUUUUCUCUGUCCUCACUUCUCGUCUGUGACAGUUAACCUGCAGACAUGAAUCUGAUGAUGAUGAUAUCUUGUGACCACUGCCAUCCUUAACUCACUACUUUGAUACUUCUUGCCCCGGAUGGUAUGUCAGGCUUUGUGCUGACCAACCUGGAGAGGUCUCUACUCUUCUCGAUUCUCCUCUGUUCUUGCUUUUUAUCUAAAUAGUCCAGACAGCGGAGGAAGCAAAAAGGGUUAGUUACACGAGAGGGUUAGAGGGGGAAAAGUGAAAGACCUAAGGGGUGAACAGUACAUAUGACUCUCAGUUUAGAUCCUUGCUGGUUUGUUAUAAUUUAUUUUCAACAUUUUUUGAACUUAUUCAAAUUUUGACAAGUUGACAAAGAAAAGGUUUUCAAGACAGGUUUUGUUUGAGUUGUUUACCGCUUAUUGCUAAAGCAGAAAUAAACAGUCUUGUGAACCAAAUAGCAAUCUUAAAAAACAAGCUUCAAUCCACCAAGGCCACAGGAACAUCAGGUGCAUCAGAAAACGGUGUCAUAUAAGACUUGAGUUUUUGUGCAAAUUGUUGUUAGCUGUUCCCAUCAGUUUUAUCUGGCCACAUACGCUGGCUUCAAAUCUACCAUACAGACAGGAGUCUAACCUUUUUGUUUUACUUGAUGUUCACUGAUAGAGAGAGAUAGAGAGAUUGGACAGUGUUCAGUCUGCAUGGCUGUGAUUGGUGACUGACUGGUUUGCUCGAAUUUAGCAAUCCUGUGUAGAUGCUAUGAACGCAUGUUUCACGUCACACAAACACACAGCCCAACACCAAUGCAACACACUAAGAUGUUGGCGGUGUGAUUGUGAUGUGUUAAAAAACGCUGACCAGGAGGGCAGUUAGACUCGCAGUACAAGCACACGCCCAUGUGUGCAGAGAUUGUCGUCCUUGUUGCUGCAGUUACUGAUUGGACUCCUAGCAACAACAUUUUGCUGUGUUCGUUGCCCCAUAGGCUUCUGACUGAUUCAGCAACUUAAAAACAAGUUUCUUCCUAGUUCGUUCCUCUGUAGUUGGAACGCUGUGUAAUUUUAAUGUGCGGCUGAUCAGGUCUAAGCUCUUAAACUCUGUUUUUCUUGCAAAGACCUCCCCUUGAACUGCAUUAUUUUCAACCAUUUGAUGGAGUUUUCUCUCUGUGUUUUAAUAGAAACUCUAGACUUAAACCCCAAACAUUACUCCGGGUUCAACAAGUUGCUCUCUUUUUAUGUCUCAAUAGAAGGGAUAGCCUUUUUGCUGCCACCUGCUAGCUUGUGAUUUGUGAUGAGCUUUGGACAUAGUUAAAUAAAAUCCGAGUGGCUCCUUUCUCUAGUAACAAAGAGAAGUGAAUGUGUCUGUGCAACUUACUGUCUUUUCAAGAACUUAAAUGAAUUUCAAACUUAUUUUUGAAAAUCUUAUUCUGUAUUGGUCAGCCAUUCUCCUUUUGGAGAGUGGUGGGACAGCACCUUACCACCCUCCAUUGACUGGCAGCCACUGGGUGAAACAUAUGUAUUAAACAAAAAAAUUUAACAUACCCCGAGACAACAUACGCUCCUUUAUAGUGUAUUCUCGGUAUAGUAUUCUUGGAAUCCGGAGAUAUAAUUUCUUGGCUAAUUCAUGCAGUUACUUUGCUGUAAAUCUGUGAAUAAAGGAAGUAAAAUGGAGCAAAAACACCCUCAGGGUUGAAAGGGUUAUGAACUUGACUUGCAAAAUAAACACAUGCUUGUUGGACAUCGGGUAAGUGCUGAUGAUCCUGAAAACUCACCGGCAGAGGCCGGAAAGAGCAUGUGAGAGAAGGCCAUCUUCUGUAUUUAUACACCCAGCUCUACAUUCACUUGUUUUCUGUCUGUUUGGCUCACCGUGAAAUUGACUAUGGAUUAUUCAGAAGGAAAGCAGGUGCUCCCUCUCUUCUUUCAUAAAAAAAGCCAGGAUGAAAGUGAUUAGGGGGUAAGAAUGGAAGGGAGGCCGUCAGAAUGGAUGGAUCCUCCAUUGAGAAGAAAGCUGAAGAUUGCCUGUUUCUUGAAAGCAGGGUAGAUGGAAAGUGAGAGGGGCGGAUGAAUGAGUGAUAUGGGAAGGAUGGAUGGACGGAGGGAUGGAGUCGCUCAGGUAGCCGUACCUGGGAUAAUGCAGCCCCAGCCGCGGGUUUUAAUGGCAUAUAAAAGCCCAAGACUCAUGUUUUAUUCAGUCUAAGAGAGAGACUGCCAGGUGAACACAUACGUCCCAAGAGGAUGCAGAAUUACAGCGCCGUAUACUAUUUGUGUGUGUGUGUUUGUGUGUUUGCUUCAGAUCCUGAGUGGGGACUAAAUACACACAGCAUUUUGAGGUGUGUCAACUCAAGGAAGCACUUUAGGGUAGUUUGCUGAACUCCACAUGGGAGCCAGGUAUAUUGGUACACCGGAUGGAGCCACACUGUAUAUAGCACACCGAUGCACCUAGCAACACACGCUCUAAGGAUAUACACAUACACUUGGAAACUCAUGUUUGUGUCCCCAUUUAGGCCUGUGUCCUGCGUGGCCACGCUCCCAGACACGUAUGCAAAGUACCGCAGCAGCUUUUCAACACACUCACUAAAAACAUGCACAGACACACACACACACACACACACACACACUUUUGUGGGCGCAUUUGGAGUGCACGAGUGGCUCUUCCAUAUGCAUGUGGCUGUUUUGGCCUGCUUCCCCGGGGCAGGACCUCAGGGCUGCACUGGAGAGCAGGGCAACAUUGCGAGAGUCCACUUCGGGUCGAGUGCGUGUUUGUGUGCACGUAUCCUAAAGUUCAAAGUACAGACAGGAGCAGACAUUCACAUUUUGUUGAUGGAGAGUCUGUGUGUGUUCUUGUGUAAAUGUGUUGCUGGUGCUUCUUCCUGGAUGAGAGAAAGACAGUAUGUACCUGCUUAUCUAAUAGUGCUUUAACAGUUUCACAUUCAAUUAUGUGCAUUUGUACAAGCGCAGCGUGUGAUUGGUUUAAUAAUGAAUUUACUUUUUGUAAACUCAUUUUUAAAUGAUCAACAAAUCCUCUUAUUUUCAUCAAGUCUCAGAUAUUGCUGGUAUUUGAAGAUAUAUGUAUUUCAAUUAACAUGUAGGAGACAUAAGAAAUAGUCUAUAAUAAAUAAUAAUAAAUAAAACAAAACAAUUAAAAAAGGGCAGGAAAUAUUAGUACAAUGACAAUAUAUAUAUAUAUAUUCCUUAAACCAGUGAUCCUUCUGUACAGAGCAGUUAUUUAACGCUGCAUUUUUAUACAACUUUUCUGUUUUACAUUAUUGGUAAGGUAAACAUCCUUUUGUUUCCAUCUGCUAUUGAAACAGUAAUCCAUACCCUGAAAGCUUUUAUGCAUAUUUUUUACAGUGUGAAGUCAUUUUCCGAUGUUGUUCUAUUUUUCUUCCUCAGGUAGAUUUUAUGCAUAUUCUUUAGUGCCUCUGUCUAUAAAAGGACAAAAAAAAGAAUUACUUUUUGUCUUGUAGGUGUGAUCGAGGUGUUGAAGAACAUGCAGAAGCUUGGAGUUCCACCUGAUGUUGAGUCUUUAACCACCUACAUCCUUCCUGUCUUCCCUGAUAUGGAAGCAGCUGAACAGGCACUCAAGGUAGUUGGCAUGUCUUUAAAUCUGAUCAUUAAGUGUUGAUUUUAAAAUCAAAAACUAACUAAAUGUUGAUUUUCUACGUCCAGGAGUCUGGUGUCAGCACGGAUUCGGCGGGUUACUUGUCUUCACAGGUUCGUUUCAUGACUGGUAACCUGGAAGAACUCUACACCAAAUGUAAGCAUUCACACACUCUCUCUUUCUCUCUCUCUCUCACACACACACACACACACACACACACACACACACACACACACACACACACACACACACACACACACACACACACACACACUUAACACAUUCCAAAGAAGAGGCUCUUCUGCAUCUUGGGCACCAAUCAUCAUAAAAAUCGCUGCUUCGCCUGCGGGCUAAUUGGACCAGCAUUAACACACACACACACACACACACUUGCACAUUUGCCCACUUACUCCUGUGUGCUCAUCAGGCCUUUUAAGAGAUUAGUCUGUGUGAAUAUGUAAAGAGCAAGAACGAGAGGCGCCUCCACUGGCAGAGGGAUGGGAUGGAGAAGGCUGUUACAUAAUGGAUGACUCCUUCUUUUCUGUCUUUUCAACUCGCUUUAGUCUCAAAACAUUCACCACUCAUUUUUUUUCACAUACAUCGCUCUGUGUCCUCUUUGUGAAUUUCAGUCCUCAACUGUGUUUUUUUUUUCAACUCCCCUCAUAUCAUAAAGUUUGAGUGUAUUUCUUCUUGCCAUGCAGUGUUGCCAAAUACAAACUGACCCUAGAAUAACUGUCGAGCAGAAAAAAAACAGACUCUUGCUGCUUUCAACCUUGUAAUAAAACAAAGCCCCUUUUUUUCUGAUACUUUUAUCAUUGUGAAAAAAAGAACUUUUAGUUUUUUGAUUUAUGCUCACAUAGUCUGAAAUUUUAAGGUAUUCCCUCACUCACCUCGUCUGUCAAAGGCCAUUUUUCACUUUUCUUGAAAUAAAAAAGUUCCUAUGAUUUAUCUCAACUGCUAUUACAGAAAUCAGAUUGGAUGCUGUGCAAACAUUUGUUUGCAAAAUACAAAAACUCUGUAUUUGAUUGAAAAAAAAAAAAUACAUCAAAUAUUGACACCAAAAAGGCAAUUGUUUUAUUGAAAAUAAAUGCACCUUUUAAACUUGAUGCCUUAAAGAUUGUCAACAAACUGCGAGGAAAGUUGUGUAACGCUGGAAGAUGCACUUGCAGGAACGUCUCAUCAGAGUUAAUUUGAAACAGCUUACUUAGAUGACUGGGUAUGACGAAAGCAAAUUGGGAGCCAAGUCUCUUAUUCAUAAGUAAAGAUGAGAAGAGAUUUAUCACUGUGUGAAAAGCCGGUAGUUCCACAAUUUCAACUUAGUUUUCAGCUUGAAGUUACAAAGAAUUUUAUCAUCUACAGUAAAUAUGUCCAUUAAAGAUUCAGAGAAGAAAAGGGACGAGACCUUAAAAAAGUGGCCAUAAUGAGAUUAAACACAGCUAUGACAGAUAUUGUACUUUUCGAAAACCAUCAUCGUCUGUUGCUACAGCCUGGAAAACCUGAACAUUAAAUACAAGUUUUGAAGGACUGCCCGCUUCUGUCCUGACAAUAGCUCUUUCAGGGAAUACCUUGCAUGUUUCAGCAAAAAAAUACCAAACCACACUCUGUACGUAUCACAACAAUAUGGCUCUAUAGUAGAAAAGUCCUGGUGCUAAACUGGCCGCAGUCUUGAUUUGUAACCCACAGAAAAUACCUGGUGCACUGUGCAAGUUUUCCUGUACAACUGCAAAACUAAAUGCUGACAGAAAUGCGGUCAGAAACGAAAAUGAAUAGUGAAAUAAAAUAAGUAUAAGUAAAACCCCCGACACAAGAAAAAAACACACUAUGAAUGAGAAACUUAGUAAAAUAAACAUAACCAACUCUGUCAUGAGUUCUUAAUAAGGAAACACUGGAGGCAGAAUAAAAAGGAAAAAAUCUGAAAAAAAUCUAUUUCUAUACUCUGGUCAAUGCAGGCUAGUAGGACUCCAAGAUAAGACUUUACGACUUUGAUCAGUCAUUUCAGCUCAGUGAUUUUGUCUCUCUCCUGAUGCUUCAUCACUACAUUCACACUGCAUCAUCCUCUUCAUAAAAUCACAUUGUUGCCUUGUUGUUAUGGACAUAUGAGAUGCUGCUGUGUUUUGUCUUUCUCUACUUCUCAUCUCUUUUCUGUCAUUAUUUCCUAGUAUCGGAUCCCUCUUUCCCCCCAUUGGACCUCAACAAUUUCCGUAGCAAACUCAGCGUAAGCUUCAGAAAGUAAGUCAAUUAGCUCGUUUUCUGUCUAUGUCUUAACGUGUUCUUCAUCAUUUCAUAUUCCGUAUAUUUUUCCACAUUUAGCCUCACAACUCCUGACGGGUGUUUUAGGGAGGCCUGUAGCACUAUGGAGGUCACCGCAGCAUAUGCUCUGACUAUGACAUGUGCAGCCUAUCACACCAUCUACAGGGUCUGUGUGUGUGUGUGUGUGUGUGUGUGUGUGUGUGUGUGUGUGUGUGUGUGGGCAGCUGCGGGGAAAAAAAACACUCCAUCAUUUACACACACUCAUGCACACACAUACACGGGUGCCUCAUGCAUAUGGAGGCCAUCAUCCCCUCUGCUCUCGCCCCAAAGCACCGUGGGAGAUAUGUAAAUUAGCAGAUGCCCACCACUGCCCCUCAUACCCAAAAAACCCUGCACUGAACUAUCUCACUCACACACACACACACAUACACACACAUGCACACAGAGGAGGAACAGGGUCAUACCCGUGGGCUUUUGUUUUUAAGGGGUGUGUAUGAAUAUUUACAGUUUAACACCACACACCCUCAUGAAAGCUCUCGGGCCUCUCGGCUGAAGCAGGGGGUGGGUCAAAAGGAAAAGUGCUGACUCUGCUGCAGGCACUCAAGUUGUGUCUUCCUCUUAGAGUUUAAAUACGCACAGUUAAGCCCAACUUUUCACCUUUUACGAUGUUAUAACAUCAUUUGUUUUAGCUUAGUGGUUGUCGGUAAUUCAACGAAUAUAUUGGAAAAAAAUAAAAUAAUCUGUUAUGAGUAAGUAGAGGCAGUUCAAAUUAGAUAUUGAGUAACAUAGUUUGUAUUUCAAGUUCAAAGUAGUGGUGAACAUACUGUGAGAUAAAUAGAUGCCUCAAAUCAAAGCAUGCAGUAUUCAAGUAAAACAAGGACACUAGAAGUAGAUAUGUAGUUGCAGUGAGUUAAUACUUUACACUAAGUACAUAAAUGUAAUAUCUUUGGGAUGUCGUGAUGCCUUUUUUAGGGACUCUGUAUGUUCCUGUUAUUUGUUUGUUUGUCUUUUUUGAUUUCUAAACCUGUUCCAUUUCCUCCAUUUGCUUCGCACUCACCGUAUUCACACACACACACACACACACACACACAUACACACACACACACACACACACGCAGGCCCCCCUGUGCACUUUUCUGACUGUUAAGUUGCCUGACAGGGUCAUAAUUGGGCUUGUCACUUGGGGAGUGUGUGUGUGUUUGUGUGUGUGUGCGCACGCAAGUGCCGUGUCAUUGCAAUGCGGGACCUGCCCCUGUCAAAGACAAGGUCAGGGGAUAAUUUAAUCAUUAAAGACCUCUUCUUCUCUGUUCUCCUCUCAUCUCCUCUAUCCCCCCUCUCCCCUUGUCUCCAGCAACUCGCUGACAGCGCCAGAAAUGUCACACGUUGUCAUCAUUUAGCUCCUGUGUGGGUGUGUGUGUGUGUGUGUGUGUGUUCGUGUGAGCUCGUGAGAGAGCGAAAGGGAGAGGGAGAGAGUAUGUGUCUUUUGUGGUUUACCAGGCUUUUGUGCAUCCGUCUCUCCCCUCUCGUCGUGUGGGAUUAAGUGUCAAACUGAAAAAUCUGUAUUGUGCUCCUCUAUCAAUUCAGCUGCAUUGACGUAAAUACACAGAUUUAUAGUUAAUUGAGUCCCAUCCCAUUUGCUGCUGAAAAAUAAAUAUAUUUUAAGUCAUUACAGUUAAAAAUGUGUAGUGACACAGAAAUUCCAGAGUGUAGGAAAAUACUCAGUUUCUAAAUGAUAACAGUAUUUAUUUGUAUAUUUUACCUGAUGCUUAUUUGACUGUAUUUUGGAGGGGUCCAACAUCAGAUUAGAAAUGUAAUCUUCACUAAAACAGUAAAGGAAAUCCUGAAAAAUCAAAGAAUAAUAACAGUAAUAGUACAAAUUUGAAGACAGAUUUUCUGUAAGGUUUCAGUUUUAAAAGGAUUUUUUUUUAUAUAGAAAAAUGUGAGGGAAAGAGAAGAUGUAAGACUGAAGUCGAAUGUUCAGACCUCUGCAUUUCCAGAAAAGUGAAGUAAAAUAAACCCAUGUUGGAAGUGUGUUUUUUUAGAGGUGUGUCGGUAUGACAUGCACAUUAACCCUGACAUGUUAGAUGGAGUCUUGUUGACCCCCUGGCGGUGCCUGCCGACUGGGUGCUCAUGUCUUGUCCUCUACUGCCCCCUGCAGGUUUGACGACUUUGAGACCAUGAUGAAGGUAAGGCUGGAUUGAGCCCUCAUUGUUCAAGUGUCUGUAUGUAACUUCAUAACAGUAUGAGAAACUUGAUUUCUGUUUUAAAAAUAUUUUAAAUCGUAUUAAAAAAAUAAAAUCUGCCAAGUAAAGAUGAGAAACACCGUAUGAAAUCAAACAUCCAAAAGAGAAUAUUAAAUUGUCUUUUUUUAAAAGACUUCAAACAUUAGCGUCUUUCUGCCUGUAUGUCUGUUUUUACCUCUUAACAGAAUAGUUAUAAUAACCAAUUUACUCGCCAUCUGCUCCACCGCCGGUUACAUUUAGAAAGAAUAUACAUUAUGACAAACACCAUCUGCUGCCUUUUAUGCAAAUCCCCUUAUGACACACUGGGGCACAUAAAUAAAGAAAUGUUUAGGACGGAUCAUUUAGCUCCAGGCAAUGUGGGAAAGAUGGUUCGAAAUGAUUUAAAAACAACGUUCAUUUCAUGGUAAUAGAACUGUACCACCGAAGAUACGGCGAAAAGAGGAGAUAUUACUGCAUCACGUAAGAUUUAGGAAGAAAAGACAGAAAAGACAGUUAAAAGGGUUUACAAUGAAAAAAAAAAAAUGAUUGGAUCAUCUCUUUGGCAUUUGAACCCUCAGCCCUGUUUUCUAUGAUUUAAUUCAUACCUUCUCUUGUUAUGUUGGAUUUUUUGUCAGUUGCUAAGUCCUUGUCCUACUGUGUGUUGUGUGUUUGUGUGUUUUAAUCUUUUGUGCAGAUUACUAAGCUGUUGUAUACAGACAAACGCUUCUCCCUAGGAAAUCCACCAGCCGGUAAGUAAACAUUUUUCAGCACUGAUGUCACCGGCAAGUCAGGACAUUCGUAUCUGACAGUGUUUUUGUGUGCUGAUGUGUGUCAUGUGUGUGUGUGGAAAAGAAAGAGACACCGGGAUGCAUGUGUGCAUGUUUGUGUAAAUAUGUGUGUGUCAUCUAUCACGUAUCAGCUCUCAAACUUGCAGACUUCGGUCUCUGUCUCCAUCACUGUCCAACUAUAAUUCAGUUGACAGAAAAAUGCCCAGUGUGUAAAUGUUGCUGUGCGAGUGUGUGUAUGUGUGUGUACGUUUGCAUUCAAUCUCAGUGGCAAAGAAGUGCUGAUCGGCCCACUCCUCGUCAUGAAGCCCAUGUGUGCUUUCACCCAGGUGUGUGUGUGUGUGUGUGUGUGAGUGAGUGAAAGAUCUGCUCUCUCUGUCUGAGGAAACAGAGCCUGGCUGCUGACACAGUGCUGAGUAGCUAAAAGUGUGUGUGUUUGUGUGUGCGCGCGGAGCAUUAUAUUGCUCUAUGUCAGGGUGUGUGCGUGUGUCACAGAGAGUCCCCAGUGCUGAAACUGGUGUGUGUGCGUGUUUGUGCUGGUGGGAGCGAUGGAGACUGUUAUCCAUGUCACAUCCCAUUAGACUGCGUCGUUAUUUGUAUGUGUGUGUGUGCGUUUGUGUGUGUGUGUGUGAGAGAGAGAGUUGAAGUAGGGGGAAGCUGUCAGUGCCAGCCAGUGCACAUUCACUCACACUCCAGCCCAAAAGCAGCCUCUGUCAGCAGGAAAAGAAACACAAACACACACUCUGCAGAGGUUACAAAAAUAUUGUAUAAAUGCACAAAUAGAGGCAGUGACUGACACGGUGGCAAAUGAAAAGUAUUCCCAUGACAACUGCCUCCUCUUAUGUGUUUAUGUGUGUGUGUGUGUGUGUGUGUGUGUGUGUGUGUGUGUGUGUGUGUGUGUGUGUUUCUUUCUUCAUCCCAUACAGAAAAUGUAGGCUACUUUCUGUACAACCUGAUAGACAGCAUGUCAGAGAAAGAGGUGCAGGCACAGGAGGGCAAUCUGAGAAUGUUCUUCAAUGAACUGCGCGCUCAGGUACACACAUUAACACACACGUAUAUACACCAAACAGUUGUACACUAAUAUACAGCUUAUCCAGUUCAUUCAUAAACUUCCUGCUUUAAAGGAGCUUACACACGCUGAUCUGAGAUGUUUGCAGGGUGUAAUCACACUCAGAUUAUUCACAAAGGACGCACACACACACACACACACACACACACUAGGGUAUACAGGGGCAUGACCUCCUUCCUUUGCUCCAUUUCUGGACAGUGAAGGUUCGGGUUGGUUCGCAGACAUGUAUGAUUAAAUGAUUAAAUAAUGCUCUUUACUUUUUGAUCAUGUGUCUAAACUGGCCAUUUGCAGACCAUUGAAGUUGUUUCUCAGUCAACCUUUUUUAACAACCUGCACUGAUAAAAUGCAAAACCAAUCUGAGAUAUAAAAACAACUCUCUACCAGUCGUUGCAGAGUUUUUUACUGUAGCAGAAAAUGAUUUUGGAAAAGAAAAAAGGAUUUCUGAUCCAGUACAUGUAUUUAGACACUACAGAGCUUUGGUAAACUGUACCUUUAAGCUGGAAUUACAUUGACUAUGUAAAAGUAACAUAUUUUUGGGACUAUAAGGCGCUCUUAAAAUCCUUAAAUUUUCUCAAAAAUUGACAGUGUGCCUUUUAACCCAGCGCGCCUUAUGUAUGAUUACUUGCUUACUGACCGAUUUUAUGUGGUACAAUGCGCUCAAAAAUCUGUCGAAAUGUGUAAGUACGACUUUGGUUAGCAACAAAGCUCAAUGCAUAAUGCCACGCUGUGUCACUUCCUGAUUGACUGCCUGACUGUAAUGUCUAAACUAAGAGUGCAUUCAAGAAAGGCAGCCCGGGCCUGGAGUACGCGCUCGCAACAAUAAACCAUACAUGUUAUAUUACCUCCUCUUAAAAGUGUUUUCAGAAGAGCCUUCAAACACCUUUACGAACACACUGUAAUCAAACCAUUGGUUGAGUUACAUAGCAUCUCAUUUUGUACUUUAUGCUCAAUUUGGUCAGCUUGAAUCUCACUUUUUAAACACAGGACAUUCAGCAGGUUCAGCUCCUGUUUUGCUCACAGCUCAUCAUCGCUUCUCUCACUUGUUCCUCCACAGAAUAUGUUGAUUCCAAGUAGGAUCUGCAGAGGCAUCAAGAACCUCCUAGAUCCCAACGACAGCCCUCAGCUCAUCAAGGUACAGAAAAUUACUGUAAUUUACUGUUUUAGAUACUUAGGGUGAGGGGUUUUGGCAGGAUUAGUUUAAAUUCUUGAGUCUGUGUGUAAAACUGUCUGCAGCAGGCAACAGUAGAGUAUAACUCUAUAUAUAACUCUAUACUCUAUAUAUAUAAGAUAUAUAUAUAUAUAUAAGAUAUACAUGACCCCUGAGUGGGGCAGUUCACCUGUUACAGAAGAGGACUCAGUAAUAAAUACAAGGAAUUAUAGCUAUGCAAAGUGAAUAUGUAAAAUGAUGGUGCAUGUAUAUAUACACUAUACACUCUUUUUACUUAUCGCUGGAACUAAACAGUUAUUACUAAGAGAUGAUGAAAACUGUGUGGCAUAAAAAUGUCAUGUAGCUGCAGAGAAAACGUUGCAGAUGAAAAAACAAUCAUCGCAUCAACAAUUUAAAGCAAGGAUCAUCUUACGUGCCGAUGAACAGAAACUUUUCUAGGUGUAUAUGUCAAUAACAAAUCACAUACUCCCCAUGUUUAUUUUCUGUCAUUACUAACACUGUUUGUCUGUCAGGAUGUCAUGGCUUGUGCGGACAAGGCUGCGAGAGAAUCCAAUGGUCUAUCACAAGGAUUACCUGUGAGUACAAGAGUUUGAGUUUGGGGAAGAAAAAACCUGUUCACUUACUGGACGCUGCUGAGGUGCCCUUGAGCAAAGCACUAACCCCCUAACUUCUGGAGGGGUCUGUUUAUGAAGCUCCAUAACUCUGAUAUCUAUCGAUUAGUAGAUGGAAAGUAAGGAAUCACUGUGUUUAUGUGUGUAUAUUUUAGGCCUAUGCAUGAGUUGCACAAUGUAAAAAAAAAAAAAAAACUUUCGGAGAUCAAUAAAGUACGUCUUCUUUUGCUUCUUCUUCUUCCUCUUUAAGUAUGUAUUUUUCCUCUGUGUGCAAAAUGGUGUGUGAUGAAGUGAUGAAUGCAUCUCUUAGUUCAAGCUAAUGCACACAGGAGGUUGUAUAUGCAUGUUCAUCUUUGUGUUUCACACCUCGGUGUUUCCACCAGGGAAAACUGCAAAUCCUCGAGAAGAAAAUUGCUGAACUGCAAGCUGAGAACAAACCACUCGGCAGUGUGUUCAAACAAGUCAUCCAAGCUCUCUGUGUCACAGAGGUUUGUCUUUUUAGCAAAUCCCCAUCUUACAAUUCUGGUCUUUCUUUCUAAUUGAGUGACCGUUUUAGUGUUUUUAGCCCCUGAGAGUUUCGUUUUGUGAUCAGAAUCUGCAGCGUGCCCUUGAGCUGAAGCAGCAGUACGAGAGCGAGAUGACGGUCCCCAUGUAUGUCAACCUCAUCAACAUGUGCUGUCGCCUCGGCAAUUUGGAGGAGGCAGUCAACCUGAGGACAGAAUUGUGAGUGGAGCUGGACACACACACAAGUAGACUACACAUAUGCACAGCCGGGGCAGAGCUGCGACUAGUGUGAGGCCAUUAAAGUUUAACUUGAGUUGUAUUAGGGGAGACAUUAAUGCAGGGUCCAGUCAGAUUGUUGACUGGCUAAAGGGGAAACUCCCCUCUUCCUUCCCUGUUUUCUCCUCCACACUUACCUCCAUGUCACCGCAUUCGACUGAACUCAUGCAGGAUAACAUACAAUGGAUGAGAUGCAUUUAGUAGAGUGCAUUAACUCAGUCUGUCUCUGUCCCUGUCUACUUUUAGGUACCGCAUGGACUCAUCAGUGGUGAUGGAUGUCCCUAAAUACAUCUCACUGGUUAAAAUUCUCUCAGAGCACGGCAGAGUGGAGGGUAAGUUUGUGUCGAGCAACAACUUUGAAAUAAUUUCAUAAUUGUUCGGUCUGCUCGUGCUUUGGAUAGAUAAUCGAAUCUUUAAGCCCCAACUUUUGACAGCUAAAUAAACUUUGUUGAACUGCUUGUUUUAUCCAAACAUUUCUUCAGAACACACCCCACAGAGUUUUCUCUUGAUAGAUUGAAGACAAUUAAUCCAUGAUCCAAACUGGCUCAGUUUUGUGUUGAUUGACUAAUUAGUUGACUAAUCCAUCCAGUGCUUAGUCCCUAGCCACUUCUUUCUCUGCCAGCCUGAUCAAAGCAGAUCAGGCUUGAACUUUAAAAGUGAAUGUGCAUGGUUGUGUGUGUGUCUGUGUGUGUGUGUGUGUGUGUGUCAACAACUCUGUCAAAAUCUGUCCCUUUCCCUCCCUCAAACCACAUUAGUCGGCCAUUUUCAGAAUGCCACGGUGGGUUUCCUUCAGCCCAUCGAAGACCCAAUUACCAUCAGUUUUGUCACUGCGUUUUUGCACACAAUGACAGGCAAAAUGUUUCCCUUGUCCGUCCUCGCCUCCUCUCUCCUCCCACUUACUCUCUCUCUCUCCAUCUUCAUCUCUGUCUCUCUAUCUGACCCGCUCUGUCUGGAAGCGUGUCAUUCCCUUAUCCCCCCCGCACACACACACACACACACACACACACACACCCAUCAGUGAGAAAUAAGAGAGGGGGAAAAUUACAGGACUGUGUGUAUUUUUUCUGGAAUUAUUGAAAUCCGCCUUGAUGCUAAUGGCAGAUCAUGUCCACCGAAGUGCUUGAGCAUUUUACACACACAUACACACACACACACAGACACAUACACACACUCAGGGACACGCAAAUUUGCAUGUGAAUUCAAGCAAAAAGCAAUUGGUGGGCACUACAGUUGGUGUGUCCGUCUGUGUGUGUGUCGGGGUGUGUAUAGGCAGCGCUAACGCAUUUGCCAUUAGCCAGAGUGUGCAUAUGGAGGGGACGCUUGUCAGCCACAUUAGCACACAUGGCUAACCUUGAUGUUAGCCUGUCCCCACCCAGACGCUGGUUCGCCUGGCUCCAAGCAAGCACCAGGCCCAGCUCAAGAUCAUGUCUCCUGGCAUCUUGCUUUAUUUCUUGCCCUCUCUAAUGGCAGUGUUGUUUUUCGCCCUUGGUUCAAAGCUUCCCGUCCAACUUUUUUUUAUCACUGUACUUCCCUUCGACCUUAUGUCGUCUUACUUCUGCUGCUGUUUUAUUACUUUUAAGAGGUUUUUCUUCUUCUCCCUCUCACUGAUGAAUUUCAGUCUGCUGCUUUCAUCAUCAUCUCAAUUGUGUUGCUAUUAUUCUACACAUCUGUCUUCACAUCUGUCCGUUCACCCAUUUGUCUCAGUGUUCAUCACUUUAUUUGCGUUUCUUAAAGACAGAAUGGGGAGUAACACAGUAGUCACAGCAUAAUCCAGUCUUCAUAUCUCUGUACUACUGUUUCCUUUUACAGUUUUGUUUUUUGAUUCUUAUAUAUGGACUUAUAAAUCAUCUUAUACAUAUAUAUAACUAUUUACAUAUAUAUAUAUAUAUAUAUAUAUAUAUAUAUAUAUAUAUACAGUUACAUCUUAUCAUCAGCAACUUAACAAAGUGAUUCGUCAUGACGGUGCCCCAACCAAAUAUUGAGUAUUUAAAUGAACAUCCUAUAAAAAUUACAUUGAACUUCUGUAUUUAACUCAAUUUUUUUACUGAUCUGAGGAAAUAUUCUGUUAAUGUUGAGCUACUAGAAUUUCUGAUUUUCAUGAGAUAGAAGCCGACAUCAUUAAAAUUUAAACAAACAAACAAAAAAUAAAACAUAUUUGUUUCUAUGUAAUGAAUACAAAGAAAUGUAAAGUUCACUUCUCUAAAAUAAAUCAUGAAAAAUGAACUUUUUUAUGACAUACAGUAUUAUUUUAAUGUACCUUUGCAGAAAACAAUUUUAGGAAAGAUUAGCAGAUAUCUUACUAAAGUAAGUAAGUUACGAAAACUUAUUAAAGAAACCUUUUCAAACAUCGUCCACGUUGGCCAUUCUCAUAAACCAAAGAAAAUGUGAAUGUGUUGACUGUGAAUAUCUAUACUGAAACCUUUCAAAUACACAAACAUGCAGUGUUGGUAAAACAUGAGGUACUCAAACUAACCAAACAACAAACAAAUACAUUAGAGGUACAAUUUAGCACAUAAUAAAGAGGUAACCUCCUUAAAAUCAUGAAAAUCAGGAGUUACCCUUUCCUGUUUGAAGCUCUAUUAACAGUAACGUUACACUUAAAUUAAGCAUCACUUUAACGGCUGUACAUAAACACAAAGAUGGUAAACUUUUAAAUGACUGUAUUUUAGCAACCAAUGUGACACUUUUUUUGUUAUUGGCCUACACAAAGCAAAUGCACAAAAAGUUUCCAAAACAGUUGAAACUAAGAGAAAGCUGUUGUUUAAUGCCGAUUAGUUUCAGCGCUAACUUGUAAUGAAGUACCACAUUAACAAAACAAGCUCUGUUUCAAAUAACCUCGCUGUUAUGCUCUUAAACGUGUCGGUCCUGUGGUGCAGCGAUUGUCUUCAGUGGCCUGAAAGCCCCCUUCACCCCCUUCAACCUUCCCUCCUCUUCCUCUGUUUUUUAAAUACUCCUUUCCUCUAUCACUGUGCGUCUCUUUGACCUGCCCUUGCCCCUCUGCCUCCGUCUGUCCAUCCUCCCACUUUGGUAAACACAACUUGCUCUGGCUUUAGGUGGUCCUGGGCUUGUCUGUAUGUGAUGCACAGUUUGUUUGUGUGUGUGUGUGUGUGUGUGUGUGUGUGUGUGUGUGUGUGUGUGUGUGUGUGUGUGUGUGUGUGUGUGUGUGUGUGUGUGUGUGUGUGUGUUUGGGAAAAGAGACAUCACCAGCAGUCAUGCAACAUUAGAUGAACCACUGGGCUGUGUGAUGUUUGUUUACCUGGCCUGUCUGCCUCUCCAUCUCUCUAUGUGUGUGUGUGGUCUGGCUCGCUUUGCUGGCCACGAUGCUCGGCUGAGCUGAUGGAUAUGCAUACUGGCUAAAUGAACAGAUAAAGGGAGAGAUGGAGGGAGAGGGUUGGGGGGUGGGGGGUACGUUGGACGUAGGGAUGUUAGCUUCAGUGUAACUCCAUUUGUGCAGAUCAACUCCGAACCAUUGGUCUCAGUGAUUAACGGGUCUGACAGGGUGUGACGGAGAGAGGUAUGAUAGAAGGGUGGUGGGAGGGAGACACAGAGGAAGAGACACAGAGUCAGAAAGUGAAGAUAAUUUACAUCUAGACUGAUGAACAUCAUGGACUAGACAACAGGUCAGGUCUUUAUAAAGCAGUCAUUGAAUGUUGAUACUACCAUCAGUUAUUGUGAUUUUAUUCAGCUUUUAAACUUUAAUAAACAUUUAAUAAAAGUUAGAAGUUGCUCAUAAGAGUUCUGACAGCUGCUUGAGCUCAACAGCGAAGGCCAUACCCCUCAGCAAAGUAGCUAUUAGUUUAACUCCUGACCUGCCAUCUGCUGUUGUGUUUGCACAGUUUUUAAUCAAAUAUCGGCUUUAAAUGAUUUACAAACUUUCAAAUCCUGUUUUUAUUUUCACCUAACUCUGCAUCUCAAAUGUUGCGGAAUUGGGGUUGUAAAUGCUAAUAUAGCGCUCAACUAAAAUUUUGUAUUAAUCUUAGUUGUGUGAAAUUAAAUCCCCAUUGAAUAAUAAAUGGUCUCUGUAAUCAUUGUUGACCCUUUAGAGCCUUAAAGUUCAAAAGUAUCUGCUGUAACACUUUUUUUUAAUCUUACCUGAAACCAGCUUACUUUGACCCACUCUGAACCCGACAGCUAAAUUCACAUUUUUGUUUUUCUGUCAAUGCUCAGUGUGUAUUUAUCUGUUAUUUAUUUAUGUCUUUAAUGGUUCGUACAGUUGUGCUGUCGCUGUUUGCUUCAUGUUACAUUAAAACUGCACUGUUUGUUUUCCAAUUUUCCUCUCCAAGGACAAUAAAGUAUUUCUAAACUUGUGUUAAAAUUAAGGAAAACAAUGAAAAAUAAUUUAAAAAAUCACAUCAAAGGAAUCAAUUGGUAUCAGCUUCAAAAAGUGCAGCAGCUGAACUGUAUUAUUAACAAUCAUGUUGUCGAUGUUUAUGGAAAAUAAGAAGCAGGAGUUGUUUGUCUUUAGACUUCUAAUCUUACAUCCCAUUUCAAUAUAUUUAUUACAACUAUUUAUAACCUGAAUGUUAAUAGAAGUGUAUUGAAUGAUUAUGCUUGUGUUAGAGAAGUCAAUUACUUCAAGUAAUACACUUUUCUUCCUCUUUUAUCGCUCUUGUGAAGUUCCCAUUCAGCUUACUCAACUUCCCCCUCUGACAAGCUUCAUCCCCUUCUCAUUGUCCUCCUGUCUAAUGGUAACUCCUCCAUUGCCAGCCACCCGUACGCCACCUUCCCUUCCUCUAUUUUCCUCUGUUCCAUUAAAUCUAUGACAGCCUUUGGUUCUCAUCGCCAUAACAACUGGCACACAGAGGUGGAGAGAUGGAGAGACAGACUAAAAUUAGGAUGCCAAAGCACUCACCAGUGGCCCUGUCCCUCGGCCCACGAGUGUGUGUUGGACUCUGUAUUUUUGUGUAUAGAGAGUGACACUCCUGUUUGAGAGGUUUUGUUAUAUUACCAGCUGCUGAAGUAGGAGGUAGCUGUAUUAUUAAAGCCGUGCUUUUUUUCUGAUUUAGGUAGGAAUUUCAUCAACAUCAGCUUCAAGGAUUUGAGUUGGAUGGAUUAAUAUCAAUAUUACCCGGCACUUUGAAGAGUGGCUUGAUACACAUUAUUCAAAUGUAUUCUGUGUAUGUGAAUCUCUCCAUCUUCUCCCUUCCUCUUGGUCUUGCUGUAUAGAUUAGUGUCUGUGGUGGAGAGCGGCUGUAUCGCUGUCAGCCCAUUAGCAGCUGUCUAAAUAGACAGUAAACGCAUCUUAAUUACCUUACUCUGAUACACCACAUAUACACACGCAUACGCACACACCCCCUUUUCACCAUUUAGUCCCGAGUGUUGGCCAGAUGGGCGCGUGGCCCGGUAAAAAGCCCUCCAUUACCGACUGGAUUUGACCAAACUGAUCCACCCCUCGGCCCGCUUACCGGGGUCUCACUGGGGCCACGGCGGGCCCUUGUUGCCACAUACCUAUAAUUUAGCCCCCCAAGUGCUUUCUACACGGCCACGGCAAAAUGCCGGCCUCCAUUGUAGGGGUCCGGUAAUUGUAGUCUCGUUUAGAAAACCGCAAGUAGCAAUUAGCGCAGAGUUGGCAUUAUACGGGGUUGGAUUUGCAUCCCCGCUGGGUGCAAAAUGCUGUUUUAAUAUGGGUUUGUUUUCCCCACAUGGAAUUAGCUAAAGGAGCCUUUUAUCAUAUUCACACACCCUACUCUUCUCCCAGCCAAGCUCUGCACACCUCUGGCUUUCUCUCUUCUCCUCCCUCCACAUUGUCUCUGUAUCUCCUUGUCUUUUGCUCCCUUACAUUCGUCUUCUCUAUCUAAAACGCUCUCACCAUCACUCUGCGAGAGAUCGGGAGUCCUGCUUCCUGGCAGGUUGUUUAAGAAGAGCUACUGAGUUUCUAACAUUCAUAUUUCUUUCUCUCUGUCUCGCUUUCUUCUCUCCCUCCUUCACAGAGGCAAUUGGCAUCCUUAAAGAGAUGAAAGAGAAGGAUGUGGCGAUCGGUGACACAUAUAGCAACAUGUUCUUUCACGUGCUCAACUCUCUAGCAGUCAAAGGCGACGUCUCCACCCUCCAUCAGCUAACUGGUGCCGUCUUCACCCUCGGACUGGCCAAGCCCUCUAACAAUCUCUGCUCACCCUUGGUCUCUACACACCUGGAGAGGUAAAUGUUACAAAUAAUAAAGUCACUUAUUCAAACUCGGGAGAAAGCAAAGUUGGCCCCCAUAUAGACAAAGAUUUUAUGUGAAAACAUGAACUUACUUUUUUGUAUGUUUUGUUUCCAUGGCUUGAGUUCUCCACUAACCAGCCAACCCGCUCACUUUUGUUGUCAGAUUUGCGUCUUUAUCUGCCAAAUCCAGUUGCCAGGUGUGUGUAUGUAUGUGUGUCUCAAUGAGUCACUCAUCCCUCCCUAUGAUCAUAGCCGAGGUUACGUUCUGGGUCGGCGAUUCAGACAGAGAGAGGAUGUGGAAAUUGCUCAUUUAUGUGUGUGUUUGUGUGUGUGUGCAGUGCUAGAGCCAGGUUUUGUUUGUUUGAGGAUACGCCAGCUGCAACCUCUCUCAUGAGCCCCCACCCAUGAUCCCCUGAAACACCCACUGCUGCACUCCAAGGUGUAAGUGUGUGUGUGGUGAGAGAGAUGGCCAUCGAUGAUCCCUCCCCAUAAUGCAAAUAUGCAAAUGGACGUCACCAAACACUGGCUGUGGGGUCACUGGUGCUUCCCCAGCCCUCAACUCUUUUCAGUCAGUGUGUAUCAUUCAGCGUAUGUGCAUGAGUGUGUGUUUGCGCACUUAUUUGUCGGAGCAGCUUUUAAGUAGAUCAACUCAUUAGCAUGUUAAUUAUGUACAGAGCACUAAUUGCUGGAUUUACCACAACCACGCAGUGUGCCGUUAGGGGAUCCACCACACACACACACACAAACACACUCUGUGCAUGCAUUCAUACACACUGUUUACCUCUAGAGUACAUGUUGCAGCAGAGGUGGACCUUUGCACAUGACGCUUGUACAAACACACACACACAUUUUCUCAGAUGCUCACACACACGCAUGCUCCCCUGCUGCUGUUUGUUUUGCUGUAAGUCUAGUGUCUGGCACAAACAAGAGUUUCCAGGUUCACUCGUUAAUCACUGCCUCUGCGAGAUUAGCGGGCUAAUUUACUACUGGGUCAUCAACAACAGCCAAAAAUAUGCACACACACACACACACACACACACACGAGCUUCCCACAGCCCUGUUCACAAAUCAAGUGCCAGUUGUACUUUCUCCAAAUGAUGCUGCAGCAUAAACACAAGUGGAUGAGCGAGCUGCUGGUGUUUACUUAUCACCUGACUCAUAGUUUUCAUAUCUGGAUUGGUUUCAAGGCUUGGAAAUAGUCAGCAUAAUCAAAUCAGAACAUGAUGAGAACAUUUUUGAUAAAACAGGGAAUUUAAAAGUGUGGAUAAAACUCUUUGUUAGUUUUUAGUCUUGUUCUAAUGCAUCAAAAUUCUGCGUCGUCUGGAAGUAAAAUAAAAUGUCGUUUUAAGAGAGUUCCAGUCAAAGCUCAGGGCCAGUUUGAGGACUACAGCUCUUGACUUUCUAUCAUACCCCGCUCUCCGCUCUUUUUUUAUCGUCUAUCUUUAUCAAUUAGUACCCGCCUCUUCAUUCCGUCAGUCAGCGGACAAACAGACAGUUCAGAAGAGGGGGGGGGACGAAGAGAGGCGAUAAAGGAGGACAAAGCAGGCGUCACUCCCGCCUGCACCCUUCUCAUCGCUGCGUCAGCGCUAAUGACUUAAUGAACACUUCUCCGGCAGAUUAGCCCUUGACAGCCCGUCAUACGCGCCACCCCGUUAGCUUUCAUGCCUGUCUGCUUAGUGUUGUGUGUGCUAACCUGCAACUAUGCUAGCUGGCAGGUUGCUAAGAUUUCCAUAUCCUUGUGAACGUGAUUAGCGACAGGAAAUGCUAAUGAGCCCAACAAAAAAAAAAAGAGAAACUGGCAGGACAUGUGUGAUAAGACAGAGAAAUUAUGGGGAUAAAUGGGGGAGGAGGAUUUGGGAUGGUUGGAGAGGGACGUGGAGAAAUUUACUACAUGUCUGCUUUCCUUUUUUUUUUUGUGCGUGUGUGAAAUGAGAGUGAGGAGAGCUCUUUGGUUGAAAACCAAGGUUGAAAACCAAAACUUGACAUGACAAAAAUCUAACACAGAAAGGGAAAGAAGUGAAAUUUGUUAGAUUGUUGAAAGCCAUUAGAUUUUAAACUCUAAAAAAGCCUCGCUACAUCUGCCAAACACAGGGGGAGACAGACAAGGCUAUUAUUUUUCCCAUACGAGUUGGUAGAGACCAGAAGAAGGCUUUAAAAAAGAAAUGUGAGGGACUUGAUAAGUAACUUAAACAAUAGAAACUAUUUCAAACAACAGAACAAUAAGUUUAACCCAUGUCCCAUCAGUUUACAUGGAGGAGGCAGAGUUUAUGGCCUGUACUGCAGCAGGUCAGCUGUGAGCGCUCUGAGUGUCUCUGCUCCGUUUUUGUGGAGCUUUUUUGUUUACAACAGAGUUCACUACAAGGUAACUUAACUUCUGCCAUAUACUUCAACAGCUGUGUAGAUCAGCUCCAUCAUACUAUUGGUCACCUGUGUCUGUUUUGUUACAAAUACAGGCGAGCGCCAUUCUUCAACCAACCGGCAUGUAACUUUAUGUUUGUGGUGUCAUGCUCACAGUCUCAUUUGCGUCUUGACACAGACACCUCGUCUUCCCCCGAUAAGGACAGUGACUUGAUAACAGGCCUGUCCAUCUCUACUGAACAAAAGAGGGGGACAGAGAGAGAGGAAAAAAAAGGAGGGGUGUGUAUGUGAGAUGAGACAAAAUGAGCUUCCUUGUCUAAUCCUUCAGGUUUCCACUCAGUAAAGCGCUCUUUUUUUUUCAGGGCUUAAUUGGCUGGAAAGUGGCUGACAUGCAAAGUUGAGGACAUUAACAGGGCUGUGCGCUGCAGUAAAUGGCAAUGCAAAGUGACAGUUAAAUUGUACCUAGGGGAAAUUAUCCAUCUUUCGACAUCCUUAGCUCUCUUUUUGGGGUGGAUCGAUGGGCGGAGAGAGGGGGAGAAUGAAGGCAGGUUGAGGGGGUAUAAUUGCAAAGCCAGGCCAUUUUUUUUUCCUUUUUUUUCUUUUUUUUGCCAAAAGUGAAGGGAUGUUUUUUAAGUCCUCUCAUUAAAAAGAAGGAUUGUAAAUGGCUUUGGAGCGCAAUAGGAGAUUAAUACGAUGGACGGAUAGUAGGAAAACACAAAUGGGAGGAAGCUUUGUAGACAUCAAACUUUAUUAAAUGGCUACAUAAUGACUUAAACAUACAAAACUUUGGGUAGAUCUUUAUUAUUCAGUGUAUGAGAUUCACUUCCAAAACAGAUUUUAUAGCAAUGCAGACGAACCUGGUGGAUCUGCUUGUAACAGCAUUAGGUCACAAUCAUGCACUUAUAGAAAACGGUUAUAUGAAGUAAAAAGGCUUUAUAGAUGGCUGUUAGGUAGGGGUGGGAAUCACUAGAGGCCCCACUAUACGAUAUUUUCACGAUACGAUAUUAUCACGAUACUUGGGCCACGAUAUGAUAUUAUUGCGAUUUUUAACAUUUUGCAAUACAGUGAGUAUAACAAUACAAUAUAUUGCGAUUUAUGCAUUUUUUUCAACUGUUAGCAUUUAUAGCAUUUAUACUGUUAGCAUAGCUAAUUAAGCAUUUGUCUUUCAUUUUUGUUUGUCUUAUUUACAAGACAAGUGGUGGGACUUGCUGCACCAGCAGCUAGCAAGACCACAAACGUCACAUGGCGUUGUGAUACAGUUUUGUGAAAAAUGAGUCCUUGUCGCUCUUCUGAUACAGAAGAGCUAGGUUCAACUAGGCUGAGAAAUCUGGCCUUCACCUCAAGAAGAUUUGUGCGUCAGAUGAAGAAUUAGACCUUGAACAGACUGUUUUCUCUGCAUUCCCUAAAGCCUGCUGAUACUUGAUUGGUUAAUACUGCUUGGGGUUCAAAAUGUGCAACACAUAAAAACCAGAACACUUAACCAUACUGAAAAUCCAGACCUCAAGCGGUCUCCAUUUCUCUGUUGAAUCUGUAAACAAAGAUUAUACCACAACAAAACAUUCAACAACAAUUACAAACAGGUUUAGGCAGUUUUUCCUUGUAUUUGUACGUAAUCGUGUACUUAUGACACCCCCACUACCCUGUGGGUCUCAUUCUAUCUCUGCACUCUUUCUCUCAUUUUCAAAAAUCUCUUAGUCUCUCUUCCGUGUCGUUCAAUCAGACUGUUGUGCAGCUGAACAGCCUCUUGACUGGCGCUGCUGAAUAAUGUUGUCCCUCUUCAUUUCAAUUAGCAGACCUCUUUACCUUCCAACCCUAAUCACUUCAUUCCUCUUUCCUCCAUUGCUCUCCUCUGCUUCUGCCUCACAGAAGCCAAACUCAAGGUCAUACCAUUUCCUGUUUUUUUCCGGGUUGUUGGUCUUUUUGGGCAUAUUUCUCUUACCCACUUGUCUAAUUGAUUGGAGGAGAAAACACUCCAGAAAUUAUACCUGUUACACUCAAUCUCUGUCUCUCGCACGCUCCGUCCAUCAGUUUCUUUCUCACUCACCCUGCCUCCCCCAUGGUUGCCCUAUCUGCUUUGACCUCUGUGUGAUUGACAUGGUAAUUACCCAAUCAACAGAUUGAUGGCAGCGCUGUCACAAUAGAGAGGAUUGAAGUGGUCUCUUUCACCUCCCCCUUCUUUCAGCUUCUCGUUCUUGUGUUUCCUUUCCCUAUCUCUUUCUCUCCUCUUCUCUUGUUAUCACUCGAUCGGGCACACUCAUCCUCCCUUCAUGCACUCCUUUCGUUUCUUACUCUGCUUGAGAAAGGAUGACAUGAGAAGAGGAGAGUGAGCUGGUCUGGGGGAGUAAUGUUGUUGCCAUAUUUUUGAUAAAUUGCUCAGCAGGGGGUUGAGGUCACCGGCUGACAGCAUGAAAUCAAAAGGAAGACAGUUAGGAAAGGAAGAGAAAGAAGGAAGGAGGAAAGGGAAAUGAAAGAAGAGGAAAUGAGGGGAGGUUAAAGAGGGUCAGAAAGGACAAAAGAAGAGAAAAGAGGAAGAAGUUUGAAGGCGGGCAAAGAGCCGAACAGGGAGGGCAAAGAUCAGUGGAAUCCUUUUGUCUGUUACAUUGCUCCCCGUUUAAAAGCCUGUCCAGAGAGACAUUAGCCCCUCGCAGGCAGGUGUAUGAGAGAGUGCCUGAUUGUGUGAGAAUGAUGUAUUGGGGCCAAAAGGCUUCAUCACCCACAGUGGUGCUGUCAUGAAUUCAAAGGCCUGUAUUGUUACAGGGGGUCAUAGUGCCCCAGUAGAAGGUCAUAGAGCUGACCCUGAGUGAUACACUCUCCAUUCUCUACCCACACAAUCCCUGUACAGGACUGAUUGGACAGACAUGACAUCUAACGUGCUGCCUCUUCUCUCUCUCCUUCUCUUUGUGUUUGUGUGUGUGUGUGUGUGUGAUUACUCUUCUGCAGAGACGACCUGACCAAGGCUCUGGAAGCAGCAAUAGAUUGUGGUAAGACCUACAAAGUCGUGCCUCGCAUCCACGAAAUCAUUGUCGGUCUGGUGCAGAGGGGAGACACCGAACAGCUGCAGAAAGGUGAAAAAUCCUUUUCAUAGUUCUCCAUCUGAUCCAUCCAUAUAUUAUUUUCUGAUGUGUUGUAAAUCAAAAGUUUUGAUGUACCAUGUAAACAAAUGCUGUAUUUUCUAUUGUUUCAAAACAAACACAAACUUUCCAGAGACUAAUAGACACACAGGGUCAUCGUACCCGGAGCAGAGUCAAAGUUUUGUUCCAUUCAUCCAGAUGGAUUUGCAAGCUGUGAACACUGUUUGAAAACUGUUUGUAGCAGAACGUCUGCUUGUCCAUAUUCAACCAUGGAGCAAAGUUCAUAACUUUGAAUUCUACAGAUAUCAAAGAUGAUAAGAGUAGGGUGACCAUAUUCUGAAUCCCCAAAAAGACGUCGCCACUACGAGUUGUGCAUGCGCGCAUAACUUUUUAGGGUUUUUCUGGGGUGAUCAUAUUCUGAAUCCUCAAAAAGAGGACGUGCAUACUCAAAAUUUUUAGGGUUUUUCAGGUCGGGUUGAGUGUUUUUUAUGCUUCUAACUCCGUUAAACGCAUAUUCUUAAUACCAAAAAGACACUUAACCAGGCCUCUUGGAGAUACUGAAAAUACUUACACAAAGUUACGUUUAUAAACAAUAUAUUCAUUUAUUCAAAGCAUUUCUCCUCAACAAAAUUAUCAGUCACAUACAAAUAUUUCCUUUUCUUUAACUCACUGGCAGACAGUGCAUGCGUGCGUCUUGUAAGUGGCUUUGCUUAGAACUGAGUGGAGGAGCGAAGCUGCAGAUGCGCUGCACAGUUUUAUAAUGAAUGAAUACACAUUCCAGGGUUUGGUGUCUCAGAGUGUGUUUCCAAUUAAACCAUUAAACGUGUAUGGUAAAUACAGGGGGGAAAAACCGGGCUUCAGUACAAAACCCCGGACAUUUGAAGGAUUAUUUAUACUCCCCCCGGUCAGGCUGGACAGCCCCCAAAAAGAGGACAAGUCCGGGUAAAAGAGGGAUAAGAGGGACUGACAUGUGGCAGCCUUUACUUUGAAAUUUCUCAGAUGUGUAAGAUUUGCAGGUGGAGCAACUGUUGUAAAAGAAUAAUUUGUUCUUCCAAAGUUCCCCAGUUUUAAAUCAAAGCCUUUUACUAAACUAAACUUUGCACAUCCUCCCUUUCCAAACUUUUUCCCCCCUCAUCUUUUAUUCCUUUGUCUGUGCGUGUGCUCGGCAGCGUUUACAUUUAAACGCAUGUUACAAGUGCCAGCAAUUCCAAAAAGUGCAUAAGGGCACCAGGAAAGUGAGAAAUGUUUAGACCAGGGUCAUGUUGAAGGACAUGGCUGAUCAGGUUUUUGAACAGUCUCACUGUACGUCGACAGCAGCAUAGUGAAAAGGUCAGGUUCAAUGUGCUGCAGGGCCAAGUGGCUCUAGAGUGCUUAGAAGUUGAAACUGUGCAGUUGAGCACCUCUCAACCUCUUUCUCUCCCCUUUCACCCACUACCUUAUCCACUCUUCCCUCCUAACUGCAUCUCUCACCCCACUGAUAGGUGACCUAUUCUGUUGAAACAAAAAUGGCUGAAACACGGAUUUUCUGACAGAGGCCGACAUCUAAGCCGGUGUAUAGAUCUUGAAACAACAACCAGAUUUUUCUCCCACUCCCUCACACAAAGCAGUAAAGAGGAAGAACUUCUGACCUAAACCUUGAGUCACACUCCACCUGAAAGCUUUGUGAGCGCGUGUUAAGUGCACCACCAGCUGCACCGUGUCUCGCUCCUUCAGGGCUCAUGCUGUUAUAGCGCAUUGAUAGUCUGAAAAUUCCCCACCUGAAACAAAAGCUGAUGUACAGUAUGAUGAAACUUUCCAACAGACUGGCCUUCAGCGGUUCAAAACACACUACAGCCAUGACAUGCCUCAUCAAAAGAUCUUGACUUAACUGGUUUCUGACCGUGCCGAGUUCAAGUAUCAACAGAAAAAUACAAUGCAGGCGGAUUUUGUGAGGCAAUUGUAGCAACCACUUGUGUUUUUUUAACACGAAAGGUCAUUAUGGACACUGUUAACCUAGAUGUGUCUGGCAUGGAAAGUCUACAGGGAGCUGGAUUUUGAAGGGGUAAAGCAGAUUAAUGAAAUCAAAGCACCAUAGACUUUAUAAAUAAAUGGACAUAUCCACUGUGGGCUCACCUGCUGGUGUGGGGAUAGUUUUGAAGCCCCAGUCUUGUUAUUUUGGCAGUUGCCAUCUUUUUUUUUUUGGAGUAGGAUGAAUAGUUCAGGACACAUUGUCAAGUCUCUAUCCUGGAUGUCAGGGCGCCAUGGUCGCACUUUAGUGACACUCAAUGACAACUGUAUAGCACACAAUGGACUUAAAGGUUAGCCAUUGAGUUAGAUGUCAUCCAAGUAGACAGCAGGAUGACCAGAUCAUCGCUGUCCAAAGUUAAACUUGUUCAACUUUUUGCUGUCCUCCAUGGGUUGAUGCUCUAAAUCUCCAUCUAAUGACGAGGGCGUAUGAGCGAUCUGGACAACAGAAAAGCUCGCAUGUAACUGAUUCUUUUAAAGCUUCAGUAAGGACAAUGUAGCUAGUUAUGAAACAUGAUAAAAUCAACACUGAUGCCUCUAUAAGACCGGUAAAAAAGACCAUUUACAACAAGAGUCCAAUCUAUUUUUACUUUCUCUGCUUCUAACCCGUUAUUGCUCUUUAUUGGUUUUAUUCUCUUUAUUUGCAGUUAUUUAUUAUCUGCUAUUUACAAGUUAUUCCUGUUGACCUUAUUUGGGUUGCAAUCCGUCUCUGCAUCCUAUAAAUUAUGUCAGCUACUCUAUGUCUGGCUUUCCUCCUGAGUCCCUGCCUCGCUGUUUGUCUUUGAAUGUGUUGUAAAGAUAAAGUCGUUAUUUUAAUAUCAUUAUCUUAAAAAUGGACAGCUGCUGUUUAGGCGUCAUACAUGUCGUACAUCGUUUCAUGUGGUGUCAUCUGAGCAGAGGUUGAAUGCACUUUUUCAUUGUUUCAGUUUUAAAAUCAGAAGGGCUGCAUUACUUUAAGUUUACGGUUAAUGAUUUGCAUACAGACAAUUAAACAUACAUUUAGGUGACUGAGAUUCCACAGGUUGGCAUCAGAGCUUCAAACUAUUCAUCUCUUGAUGGAUGAAGUUUAACCAGAGAAAUCUCAGCACAGACAUGACAGCAGCUUAAGAAGAGGGAUUAUUCUUUCUUCUGCUGAGCUGAAUAUGCAGGUCCUUUUGUAAAGUUUGGAGUGUGUUUGUGUUUUGUGUUUUUGUGUGUGUGUUACCUGUCCUGAAGCUGCUGGACAGAGAUAGUACAUAACGCUGAGCAGAGCGCUUUAGGAAGUUCACAAUGAGGGCUUAGGCUUUCAUUGGGGACCUGUGUGUGUGUUUGAGAGCAGACUUGAUAUGGCUGCUUUGUGCCUGGGACAUUGUGCCAAAUAAUGGAAUCAGAAGGAAAAGAUGAAGUGUGCUGUGUGUUUGUUCACCUAGGAGGCAUUUUUAUUCAUUACCUGUCUCUGCUCUGUUUUCCCCGUCUUGUCCCUUUUUCUCUCUUCAGCGAUGGACUUUUUGAGUGAGGAGCGAGGAGAGAUGACCAUGCUGUACAACCUCUGCUUUGCUUUCCUGGAGAGCGGCCGCUACCGUGAAGCUCGCAAGAUCAUAGAGGUAAACAUACAAAAGUACACAAUAGGAACUACUCAUGCCAGGUUUAAAAUCUCUGGCACAGCUUUCUCCUGGAACGAAUUCCUCAAAGUUUCAAGAAAGUGAUGCUAUCCUUGAAACCAUCUGGUAAACAAAAUUUUUUCCAAACAUUAGAAAAAAGGGACCUAAAAAAAGGGUUUUGACAACUUAAUGACAUCUCAAAAGAAGCCAGAAGCCAAACACCAAAAGCUAAACUUACAAAUCUUGAUAAUUGAUUAGUUGAGCUGAAUAAGUUUGUUUAAUGCUCCAUGAUUUUGAGUAUAAAUCAUGUAUACAUAUCUUUCUUUUUUUUGGUUUGUUUGUUUUAUCUGCGAUGAAUUAAGAAGUCUUUAAAAUGUAUUGUGGACCCUGUAGAGUGAAUCCUUUUGUAUCAUAGGUUGAGUGCAUUGCUGCGUCCUUAACACUCAGAUACUGUAUUCCAAACAGGAACUUGCCUUUAACAUUUUGCAUGUUGUAUGUGAUGGAAAUGGAGAGUUUUCUGGAGCAUACAUUUAAUGUUGACUUUAGCUCGUGGCUGCAGGUCUUGAUAAAAAAGUAGAUUCUCAAUCUUUGAAAAGAUACCUGAUUAGAAGUACUUAAUCUGAAAAUGAGGAUGACACGGACAGACUCGACAUGACAUGACAUGAGCCGCAGAGGACAUGUGGGCUAUAAUUGCCAAACUCCUUUUGUUCCCUCAGCUUGUCUGACCUGAAUAUUUUCUGAAUAUUUAUAUCUUUCUCAUCUUUCGUCUUUCUGUAAGCCCUGUAGAUUAAUGUGAGAAAAGGAGCGAGGCAAAGCAGGCAGAUAAGAAGCGAUUUUCACAUGGAUAAAACGAAGGGCCGGUCAGGGACUGGAUAGCAGGACAGGGAGACUGAUGAAUAAACAAAUAGAGGGAUGAGCCCGGCAUCAGAUGAAGGGAAACAAGGCCAUUAUAUUGUCUUAUCAGGAUGAGAACAAGAGGGAGGAAAUCAAAUACCUUAACUCCUCUGCUCUGGCUCUGCUCACUCCUCUGUCCUAGUGUGCACUAAAAGAGGGAUUUGUCCCUCUUGAGGAUUUCCAAACCCUCUUAAAUAUUAUCUGCAUGUUGUUAUUGUGGCUCUCAUUCCCCUUCUGCUGGAUUGUAUGACUGUUAUCCUACUUAUAACGGGGAGUCAGCUGCAUGCAAGCAGUGGUUGAGAUUGGCGAUGCCCUGUAAAUCAACCAUAGCUGUACAUGUCGUGCUUGAUGUCGGUGGAAGAUGUGGAUUUGAGUGACAGAAGUUCAAACAGGUCACCUCCAUCUGGUGAAUUUUAAUACUUGUGUCAAGAUAAGGAUUUUUGAGCGACGCCAACAUCGUCAACAAACACAAUCCAAGUCUUUGACUGCAACAACAGGCUUAUCUCUUCCAUUUAGAAGGCUUUGGCGGACUUCAAACAUUUUUAAUGGGGCCCAUAGCCAAUGUUUUUGUCACACAAUAUUUCCUUGUUUGCGUUUCUCUACUUCUGUCUCUGUGCUGUUUGUUUCUGAGCAGGUAGAAAUCAGCAGAUUUAUUCUAACUUUUGCUGAAAAACUGCUCAUGUUUGUAAACAGCAUAAGGUUAAACCAAAAAAUAGGGCUGGUUGAUAAAAUGGUAACAAUAAAAAAUCGAAAAUUAAUUUCCCUCAAUAUCAGUACAAAACAUGGCCAAUAUGCUUUUUGAUAGUCAGCAUUCUGCCAUGUUUUGGUAGACUAUACUUAUAGCCAAUGAAAAAGGGAGUUGCUCCUGGUCCGCUUUAUGCUGAAGCAAUCAUGUGCUGAAUUAGAACCAAGCCAUAGCAUUUUUAACACAUGAAGCCGACAGCAUUGUCAGUGAGACAAAAAGAUAAUGAGUGCCAACGCCGGCAGAAAUUCAGAUGAAGGCUCAACAGAUGACAACAUCGUCGACAAUGCUGGCAUGAAAACGUGAAUAGCGUGGAGGUAUUUUGCUUUUUUGCAGAGUAAUGUGCACUGCAAAUUGUGUCGAGUACAUGUUCUUGCAAAGUCAGGUAAUACCUCAAAUCUUUUCACUACCUGAAGCAGUGCAACGGGGCAGAGCACACGCAAAACAAAAGGUUACAAACCUGAGCGGAGCAAGGAGCCCAUGGCGCCUGUGCAGUCGAGACAGCCAACCAUUCAGUCGCCUUACAACAAAGUAUCGAAGAGACACAAAGACCUCACAGAUGCAGGAGCUUAUUGUAUUGCAAAAGACAUGCUACCAAGAAGAACUGUUAAAUUCAUUUUUUAUUUUGGGAUAUUUAUCGACUGACAUGAAAAAUAUAUAUCGUGAUAGAAUUUUCCCCAUAUCGCCCAGCCCUACCGAAAAAGUGACAUUUCUAGGCAGAAGACUAAAAGAAUGAGCCUAAACCACAGAUUUGGUUCUUCUUAAGUGACAGCUUAUAUCUAUCGUCAAGUUAACGCUAUGAGUUGAGGCAUCUUCAGCUGAGUUUUGGUGAUCCGUCUGAAGUCUCCUGCUGUAGGAGAGCAAUCAAAAAGUGAAUCUGUCAGAUCACACAUUACAGAGCUGCUGAAAACGUAACCUAUUCAGAUGUUGAGAAUAGAGAAAGUUCACUCCUGAAGUUGUACUCAUCACAUUUACGAGGCAGUAAGUACAGUGCUUAAGAUAUAUAUAGUACAAAAGAAUCAUAUCCACCACUUAAAUAUUCAUACACACUCAAACACACAAAUACUUUUUUUCCCUUUUGAGAGCGUCAAGUGCCCGCCCAGAGUGGUGUCUCUCUUUAGGCUGUGUUUGGUAUAAUUGGCAGCUGAUUAAUCACAGCUAAUUAAAUGUAAUGAUAGAGAAAGGUGGCCAAUUUUGUGCUAAAUGGUCAAGGUUAGGUAGAGGAUUGUCAGGUGGUCCGGCCUAUUAUUGCAGCACACACAUGUAUGUGAUGGUCAGGGUUAGGUAGUGUAGCUAAAGAGUGGUGGGCUAUUAUGUGUUUUAGUGUUAGGGAGUGGGGUUUUUUGGCCAUGUAUGUGUGUUUUUCUUUGUGUGUGUGUGUGGACUAAGUGGCCAGGUGAUUAGUGGAAUUAGCACAUUAGGAAUUGAGAUGGAGAGGGUUUGUUAAGUGGAGGUGAGAUGAGGUCAGGCCUGUCUUUUUCUUUUUGUGAACACGCACUUAAAGGUGAGAGAGAAACCCGUGAAGAUGUUGUCGCGUCCAGAGGCCACGGAAGACUCAGAGUGACGGACCAUAAGGCGCUCUGCUGUGUCUGUUUUUGUGUGGGUCAGAGGAUUGUCCUGAUAAUCUUGACCUCAUGACAUUUUUCCAUUAUCUUUUGUGAAAGUGAGAGCGCCAUUGCCUUUUUUUUAUUUUUUGUUGUCUACUACUUUGUAUUCUUUUGAUCCGUCGUCCCCAUGCGUGUAUAAAUUAUGUGUCUUCUUAUUUCUGAGGAUUUUGUUUUCUGCUCAGAUUAGGGAGAUUUGUCCUGACGGAUUCAAAAUCCCAAACACAUUGCUUUCCGCGUGUAUGUGUGUGUGCGUGUUCGCAUACGAGUAGAUGUGUGAGCUCACAAGAUUUCACCAAGUGAAGGGAAUCGGAGGCAAAAAGAUGGAGCACUUGCACUGGGCCUUAGUCUCUAAGAAGAUUAGACAGACUGCGAGAGAGAGUGCGACACAUUUUAAUUUGUCCCUUUGGCUGGUUGGGUAAGAACAUAAUGCCUUCGCCUGGGCUGGAUGGAGGGAUGGAGAUGCAGGGGAAAAGACAGAGUUGAAGCAGGGGAGAUUUGGAGGGAGAGGAGAGGGAUUGAGAGAAGUGGGGAUUGAAAGAGGAAGGGAUGACGGCAGUGAGGGAUGGUCAGAGAAAGGGAUGAAGCCCGUCUUUUCUUGACUUCCCCACCCCUCCCUCUCACAGUAUGAUGGGCUCCCAUCAAAGAGGCCAGCGGGGAUUGAGCGCAGUUGAUCCCCCAUUCAGAUUAACUUCCUGGCAGAUCGCUCUUUCUCUCUCUCUCUGUCUUUUUUUUUCCCAGCCAGAUUACCAAGAAGAGAGGGCAAGCGAGAUUUCUCAAUCCUAGUCUUAUUCAGAUUGUAUCAAAGCCCCAAGAGACAGAUGAAAUCCUGAUCACUGUUAGUCCUCGAUAAUAAUCAUCUAGUCACUGCACAUAUCAGGCUAAAUCUCAGCUACAUGAGCCUGAAGAUCAAUCUAUGUCAGCCCUUAUUUGACAGUACACACACACACACACACACACACACACACACACACACACACACACACACACACACACACACACACACACACACACACACACACACACACACACACACACACUCACUCAAUCUGUGUAUCACUGAUGUCCUAAAAGCACCGCAAAUCUCCCAAAAAAGAGCUGAACUAUUUAUGACUGUGCUUUGGGGUUUGGACAUUUUUAAAUCUAAAUCUGUUGUUUUAUGAUCUGUUUUUAAAUUUGACAUCUAGCUCUGUGUCUAAGGUUAAGACUCUAUGCAGCAGUCUUCCCUGCUGUGACCUAGAUCGCUCAACAUUGAGAUAAACAAAAAAUAUUCUUACCAAGUUGUUACGGACAGAUGAUUUCUUCCAUUAGUAAUCACCUUUUAAAAGCAUUUGAGUGUUAAAAAAAUCACAGUAUUUACUUCCCCUUACUCUUGAAGUUUGAUUCAUUUGUUGUCUAUAUGUUGUAAUCUUUUAGGGCUGGGCGAUAUGGGGAAAAUUUUAUCGCGAUAUAUUUUUCAUAUCAGUCGAUAUCGAUAUAUAUCACAAUCAAAAAACCAAAAUACCUCCACACCACCAGCGUUUUCGUGCCAGUGUUGUCGACGAUGUCAUCAUCUUUUGAGCCUUCAUCUGCAUUUCUGCCUGGGGUAGCACUCAUUUUCUUUUUUUCUCACCUCCGUGUUUUAAAGUGCUACGGUUGCGUGUAGCUGCAGCCUGCUACUACGCAGUUGUUUGCUACUUAGUUCUAAUUCAGCACGCGAUUGGUUAAGCGCGAAGCAGACCCGGAUCAACUUCCCUCUUAUCCCCUCACUCCCCCUCAACAUGACAGAAUGCCGACUAUCGAAAAGCAUAUUGACCAUGUUUAUAUUGAUAUUGAGGGGAAUUAAUUUUCAAUAUAUAUCAUUAUCGUUUUAUAACCCAGCCCUAUAAUCUUUCCAUAGAGGAUUUUCUCUAACUGUGUUUAUGCACAGACUGGUAACGAAAUGUCCAAGUUUUUUUUACAGACACUGGUGUUGUUACAAAAACUGGUUCAGUUAACAGAAUACACACAUACAGGCAUAGAGGCCAAACAUUUCUUCUUGUCACCUCAUGAAUUCAUUAUCACGCCUCUUUUUUUAUACUAUUGUUCAAUGAAUAAGUGAGUGUCUUUAAGGACGGUGCUGUUUUUAGACAUAGGUAUUGAACUUAAACAUUUUUAUUAUCUCAGUGACCAACAAUUAAAUGAUAAAAAAAGACCAACAGACUAAUUUCUGUGUAAAAAAACAGUACCUCUAAUUGUAGCUCUGAUACUAAGAGCAUGUUUCAGACUCCUCAAGACACAUUUACUCGAUUGUGUUUCUAUUUUUUCAAUCUGUGUAGAGAUGUGUGGCUUUUGUGUACCUACAGUCCAUACCGUGUGUCAGCUCAAGGCUACAUAAACAUAACCUUCACAUUCUUGUUGUCAGUUUACACUAAAGAAUUCCUUUAAAAAAAAAAAAAUCUUUAAAACUGUUAAAACUACUACGAUCAAACAAGAAGUUCUCGUUUAAUGUGUCAAAACUGUGAUUUAUUAUUGAUUCUUGGGCGGUAUAUGAGGAUCGAAGUGUGUUGAUUUACAGACUUAAUGGAUAAUAAAUUUUCAGAUUUAUGUUGGUGUGUUUUAUCCUUCUACAAACACUCUGUGUGAUUCACUGCUUGAUCUCUGGAUGACUAAAACACAGACCUUACCAUGGUAGAUUUUACUCUUAUUCAUAGUGCUUUAAUAGUCCUUAGCUAGUGAAGAAAAAAUAAACUUUUUACAAUUUACUAAAAAAUAAAAAUAAGGAGCCCUGGUUAUUUCCAUGAAGCCCACAUGUUCUUUACAAUGAUAGCCCAGACAUGUAACGCAGCAGCAAACAUAUCCAGGUGUUUUUUUACUCCCUGGCUCUUUCAGGUGAAAUAUUAAUCCGUGUUCUUCUUUUCAUUUUCUAGACCCCAGGUAUGAGGUCACGACCUGGGCGCCUUUAUUGGUUUGCAAAGAGAUGCGUACAGUUAAACCAGGUACUUAAAUCAUCAUAUAAACACACACACACACACACACACACACACACACACACACACACACACACACACACACGCACACGCACAUACUGAUGGAGCUGCUGGCUGAACCAGUCAGGGCCACAAGUACAAAAGCAGACAAACAUAUAAAAAUAUGAACAUGCAGUAUUGUUGUUUGUUUGUUUGUACAGAUGGAGACCUUGGAGCAAAUGGUGGACAUUACAGCCAAGCUGUUUGAGUGUGACAGAGACGAGAUGUACUCUCAUGCCCUCCUUCUUUGUAGUAAGUCUCUUUGGUUUUUUGUGUCUGUUUGUUGUUGUUUUGUCGGUUUCUGAGUUUGCAGCUUCAUGCCAAUAUCUCCUCUCGCAAAGACCUUCUACCUGUGAAUGUAGAAGAUUCUUUACUUUGUGUGUGUUUGUGUGUGUGUGUGUGUGUGUGUGUGUGUGUGUGUGUGUGUGUGUGUGUGUGUGUGUGUGUGUGUGUGUGUGUGUGUGUUUGUGUGAAGGUGAAUGGGAUCAGUGGGGAAGUAAGAGCAGAAGACUUAGUGUGAUUGCUGUAGUUGAGAGUAGAACAGAUAGUUGCUCUGAUUGGAGUGUUAAAGCUGAUUGUCAAUCCAUUAAGCCCACUUCUUCACACACACACACACACACACACACACACACACACACACACACACACACACACACACACACACACACACACAUGCUCAAGCGUAUACUCGUUAGUGUGUUUCCUAAAUUAGAACAUAGUUUAGGGUCAGCCAGCUGAUCACACUUGUGCUCAGACUGACCUCUCACAGCAUGGUGCUGUUGGUCAGAAACUACCCUUUGAUGAAGGUCCACUACAAACAUGGGUUGAUAUGUUAUUGCUUUUAUUUUAUCACAUAAAUACAUAACUUCUCUCUUUUCCACCACUUUAUUUGUAUUUUCUUUUCAGAGGAGAGAAAUGACUGGAAAAGGGCCGAAGCCUUCUGGACAAAGAUGCAGGAGGAGAGCUUCAUUCCUCGGGAGAGGACCCUGCUCCUCCUGGCAGAAAUCCUGAGGAAUAACGGCAAGGAGGUCCCAUUUGAGGUGCCUGAGGUAAAACCCCACUCAAUGAUAUGCACAUCAGAGAAACGCUCAUUAGACAGAUGUGUUAUUCAGAAGAAUAACUGCCAGGAGGUCCCUCAAGGGGGAAGAAGAAGAGCAGAUAAAACUGAAAACAAAUUCCUCAGAGCAUUGGAGGACUCAGAAAGUGCCUGAGGUCAAACAUAACACAAAGCAGGCAGCAGUGAGGGUUUAACACAAAUCACAAUGCAGCAUCAGCAUACAUUACUGUCUCUAACUAUUGGACAUAAUCGGACAGAGCCACCCUUUGUUACAGUAAUGAAAUUAUCAGCUGAUGAAAGGCAGUAAAAAAUGUUGGCAAUAAUCCUGUUAUCAUUUUGUAGAGAAAAUGGCAAACUUGAUCUGUUUCUAGCUUUUACUAUGUGACAGUAUCCUCCCUUUUUUGUUUUAUUUAAUCCUCAAUUGAAAACCCUUUCUGUGCUAUCAAUGGUUAUGUUUUUUCAAGGCCAAAUUAGAGUCCUACAGAAUAGAUUAUUAAGAAUAUAAUAAUUACAUGCACAACCAAAAAAGCAAUGUGUUUACCAUAAAUUUGCAGAAUUAUGGUAUUUAGUAGCUUCAGAAAGUGAGAAAUGUUCAGAAUAUUACUGUUGAAUGUCUUUGCAUGUUUGCUGCAUUCGUGCAUCAGAACUGUCCGUUGGAGUCUCAUUAGAUUAGCAAAGCUGAAUAAUAACUGAUGCUGAAUCUCAUCAUUGAAAACACAAUAGUCUUAUUCUCACUUCUUUUCACACUGCUUAGAUUAACCAAAUCACAAACUGACCCCAACCUCUAAUCAUACGAAGUACCCCCCCGCACCCCCUCCGAAAAACCCCUGAACUCUUAUCUCCAUACAGACCCGGGGCCCCACCACCACCACCACCCUGCUCCACUUUAAGCUCCUGUUCAUUACAUGCAGAGGAAACAGGAUUGAAGCUCCUGAUCUGAAGUGUGGUCAAUCAGAGCGACUGGCUGCUGAAAGGAAUUACAGCUUGAUCUGUCUGUAAAUCUUUAAUGCCAGACUAAUUUAGCCAGCAGCUUAAUGCCACCAUAUGGCUGCUGCUGGAUUCUCAGUUAUAUAUGCACAUGUGGCUUCAACUUUAUUCCGCCCAAAAGAUAAAACAAGGCAGACAGAAUUAAAUAUGUCACAAAACAAUGGCACAAUAAUAGCAGAGGAGGUCUUUUCUUUUGCUUCAGAUAAAUUAGAUUCCUUUCCUCCUUGUUGCAUUUUUUUUCGCAGUGUUGCUUCGAACAUGAGCGUGCUCCAAUAGCCCAGAGCGUGACGAGACAGGAAGUGAUUGCUGUUGCCUGAAGCGCUGAACUUAGAGACCCCUGGGGCUCUUAGGUUGACACCCCUGUUUCGACAUACUCUCUCUAAAGCACACACACUUUCAUUUUUGCCCCUGGGGUGCCAGACCUAAUUUGCCCCUAGCCAAUACAGCUUAACCCCCUCCCCUCCUUGCUACAUGGGUGACCGAGCAUUAUGAGACCCUGCCCUGCUGGCCCAGCAUUAUUGCACUGUCAUACACACACAUACACACACACACACCAGUUCACUGCUUGCACAGUUGAAUAUGUAAACAGGCUUUAAUGCUGGAUGUAGCAGGGUUUUGAUGCAACAUCACACUGAGUUCUUUCUCUGAUUUCCCCCAUGCGUGUCUUUUUCAGAUAUGGUACCAACAAGAUGAGAUCACACAAGCCGACACAACUGAGCAGGUCGAGGAGCAAGCAACAGAAACAGAAACAGAGACAGAAACAAAACCCCCAAAGCCCCCCAAACCCACUUUACACGAAUCACAGCUGAUUGGCCAAUGUAAGCGUGGAAGAGCUAAAGGUAGGAAAACAGCGUUGUUCUCAUCACACGAGAGCUGGUUUACUCAAACCAUGAGAUUUGGAGCUGCCUAACAAACUUUCAGACAAUUGUGGAGUGCAAAGACUCGCCGCACUUAAAUACUUGAAGCCUAUCAGUUUUAACCUGGCAAAAAAUAUUCCCUCCAUACAGUCCAGCAGAAAUGUGGGCUCGCAGUUAGAGCCUUGUGUUAUGAAAAUAUGAAAAUAUGAUAAUUCAGAUAAUGCUGACUUUCAGUGACUGCUUGGAAAUUUUCCUUAAGUAAGAAUUUCUGCUCAAAAUAGCUGCACAGAUUUCAAACACAGCAUCAACUCGUAGCAAUGAAACAGUGUGAAUUUGAAUUUAACCUUUGUAUUCACACUUUUGACAACAGAGUACUCAAGAUCUUUUGAGCUUUUGCUUUUCUUCAUCGUGUCUAAUCUCUUCUUCAUUGUUUCUUCUGUCUGUUCUUCCGGACCUACAGAAGCCUUUCAGAAAUUGAAGGAUGCUGAGGAUAAGAGUCCUGCCGGCCCCGUCUUUUAUGACCAGCUUAUCCGUGCCCUGUUGUCUGAGGGGUCCUUGGAAGAAGCCAUGGAAGCCAAGGACAUGUGAGUGUAUUAUUAAUAUGAUUGCCUGUUUGCACCUGCUAUAAUGUUAGUUUUUAUUCAGUGGUUUAUGUAUUAUUUGCCGUAUUUCCUACUGUCUAACCAGGGACGAGGACCGCAAAUUAGCCAUGGCUAGAAGUCCUGCAAACACAGCAUUGGUUGCUCUUUAAUUAGAUGCAACAAUGCCUGAUGUACUGUCCCUGUCAAAUAAACGAAUAAAACAGAAAAAAAACUUAUUGCUGCAGCCACUACUGACAAAAAAAAAACUUUGUCUUUGAGCUGAUUUAUAUUUGGUAGAAAAUAUUACAGAUAUAAAUCAGAGUAGACUCUUUAAAUAUUAUUACCUUGCACUUGUUUUCUUAAAAAACAACUGCACCCCCUCCUUUCAGUCCAGUUAUUUUGGUCCUUAAAAAAUAAUCAGAGCUGGGGUUUUGAUGACCUUGCAAUCAUAUAAAGGCUGUAGUUUAUAGUUUACUGUGUCCUUCCCACGCCUGUGUGCUGCAUGUCUUCCCACACUUUUCCUAUCUAUCUCCAGCCUUCCCCAACCCUCUAGGGUUAGGGGUGGGAAUCACUAGUGGCACAAUAUUAUCUAGAUACUUCAGCCACGAUACCAUAUUAUUGCGAUUUUAAACAUUUUGCAAAACAGUGAGUAUUGCGAUACAAUAUGUUGCGAUUCAUACAAUUUUUUCAAUUGUUUAGCUAUUUUCGCAUUUGUUUUUUCUUUAUGUUUAUUAUUCACACUGUAUUUUAUUUUCAUGUAACACAUCUCGCAAACCUUAUGUGUCGGGUCAAUCACCUCUGCCAACCUCCCCGGACAAACAGUUGAUUUUAUUUUUCCAUUAUCAUAGAUUUGACUUCACUUUAGCAAUUAAUUUGAAGCUACUUGCUCAAUGAGACGAUACGAUAUAUCACCAGACAAAAUAUCGCAAUACUAUGCUGUAUCGAUUUUUUCUCCCACCCCUACUAGGUGUAUCCUGUGAACUACAAUCAUCAUAAAUCUAAGUAGUUAUGAAAUAAAUAUGAAUGAAUAAAAGUAAAUAGUUUUUUCACAGUGAAGAUAUCUUUGUAGUAAAGCGAACAGAAGAAAGAUUCAGCAUGUGCAAUGGUCAGCCUGUACGGCACCAGGUCACCUCAGGCUAAAACUCCUCUAUACACAUGAGGAUUAUAAACUGAUUGUGUGCUAACACAUUCAGUCCUGUCGGAUAUGAACAGUGGUUCUUACUAAGCCCCAAAAUACACACACUCACACAAACACAUACUCACACACAUACAAGGAUGGAAGUGCAGAUUAAUUUUGGUUUUCUGGGAAGUGGUUGACUUUUCCCAAAAACAUCAAUCUCCUUCCAAUUAGUAAUGUAUCAUGUGUUGUUGUGCUGCUCGAGUAGUAUCAGAGCUUGAGCCUGGAGACAAAUAGAUGGACAGACAGAGGAAUUAGAGAUCUGAGCUUAGGGCAGCGCUGAUCUUUUCAGCUCUGUUUGUCUUUUUAUGUAAUCUCCUCCUUUUUUUCCUUUAUCUUCUUUUGUCUCGUUCCUUUAUAUCACUUUCUCCAUACAGAUGAAAGCACAAGUGCAAAGUGUUCAAAAAAAGAGAUAAUAGUAUAAUGACACAACACUCUGAAAGAGGAGAUGUAGAUGCUCAUUUGUGAGAGAGAGAGAGAGAGAGAGAGAAGAAAAAAAACAUGUAAAAACAUCUAUUACGCUAUCAGCCUCUCCCCUUGUUUUCGCCUCUCUACAUGGUUCACUCUCUUAUGUUAUGAAGAAUAAUUGUAUCAAAUUUCGACCCAUGUUUCAACAAGCACGAGGAAAUAUGAGUGAUAACCCAUCUCCGGGCUCUGUUUGAAUUGGUUUAUGGCAUCCCUGCCUGGAUAAAAGCUUCGUUUAUCUACGCUCUAAAUGAGAAGUGAAAUGAGCUGAGAGGAGAGUGAAGAUGAGGAGGAGAGGAAGGAGAUAAAAAGAGCUAAAUGGGAAAGAAGGAGUGAAGAGGGGAAGGAGGGCAAGAUUUAAUCACGCACGGGGUUAAUGAAGACGCUAUAGGCAUUAAUUCUUUGUGCAUGUGGGUGUAUGCGUAUUUGUUUUGGGGUAAUCUGUACAGAAUUGAGCAGCAGGGUGCUUAUGGUGAGAUUAAGGGAUUGGGAGAGAGUGAUGAUGAGAGAGAGGGAGGAAGAGGUGGAUGAUGGAUUCAUUGGCUGGAGUACAAUACCCCUUAGACGGAGAAGCAAAGAGAGGGCAUCAGUGUGUGUGUUGGGAGAAGGUGAGUGAGAGACAUCCUCUGGAGAUUUUCUUCCACCCGAUAAGAAUAACUCUGACCCCACCACCCCUCCCUCCUUCUCUGCUCUGUCUCCACUGCAAUCUGCCGGCGACCCUGUUCUCACUCCAAUCUCUGCCGUGACCCUGUCACCGCACUUGCUGGAUGCCGCUUGGCCUGGUGUCGCCGCAGUGAUAAGGAUUGCCGGCCUGAUGCUCAAUUGAGCGGAAGGAUUAAUCUGGUUGCGGGGCUAUAAUAAGAAAUCAAAAAAAGACGGGAGGCGAGCUUGAUUGAGGUUUUAGAGGCACAGAAAUGAAAAGAAGGAAGGCUGAAAAGGACAGCAUAUAGUCAAAGCGAGGAGGAGGAGGGGUGUGUGUGUGAGGAGCAGGGGGCAGCUUCCAGAGCUCUCCAAACUGCAGCAUCUAGCCUGUCCCAAAUAAAACCACACACAGAUUUACAAACACACACAUGUGAGAGCUCAGCGGGGAGUAAUCAACUGUUUGAUGUCUGUAUUAUUUUCAGGGUCACAGCAGGCGCUUUACAAGAGGCUCAGACUCGUGGUUGAUCACAUUUGUUCCUAUUGUCUUGUCUGUUUUCUGCCUUUCAGCUCGGUUUAUCCACUCUGCAUAUCUAAUACGGUUUUCAAAACAUGAUUCUGUUUAAUGGCCACACGCAGUACCCAAAGACUAAAACACCAAAAAAAGAUGUUAAGUCAGUCAUCACAGAAUAUUAAGGUUUGCUUUUAGUGUAGGACUUAGAAUUGAUGGACUUUCACGUUGAUGGUGAAAUCUAAUACUUGAUGCAUCAGUCAGACAUGUUGAUGAAAUCUUCUCAUUGGUAAACAUAAUUUUUAAUUAGGCUAUUGAAUUGCAUAUGAUUGACUAUAUUUAUUUACAAGCUAACAUAUUAACUCUGUAGGAGACUUUUGCAGUUUUGCAGUACUGUCUUUUAUAACAUACACUGGCGGGUUAAAUUAUAAAUGUACCGCUUUUUUUUUUUUUUUUUUUACCAUGUAUUAUCCAAAUGAGUCACAACCAUAGACUGUAUAUACUGUGGACAACUUAGUUCCGCCUCCCGCCUGUAUACGGAUCUGAAGCCAAAAAGCUCUCGGUAGUUCCGUGAUUUUCCUUCAUUUCCUGAAACCAGCGCUGCGCAGUAGCAUUGUGCGCAUUUGGCGGGAGAGUCACCGAGAGUCGCUGUGAUGACGCUCGGCAAUGAGCUACGCAAUCAGCCUAUGCCCAUCGGCUGUAUCAGGUGUCAAUCAAAGAAAACAUGAACCCCCUAAUAACUUUUAAAAACGGAGCUGUACAGAAAAAAGAGGACUUGAGCACAAACCAGUCUGACAGUAAAUACAUGUCAGAGAAAAAUUUAUAUUCUGUGUAAUACAUUUCUAAAGUUUGUCCACAGCUCCAUAAGCUUUGCUGGCGAAGGCGGGAUUUAUGACCUAUACUGCAGCCCGCCAACAGAGGGUGCUGUUCUCGGAGUGACUUCACCCAGCGAGAAGGCAGACUCUGUCCAUUCUAUAUACAGUCUAUGGUCACAACCUAUAUGAAACUAUGUUUGGACACUGAGUUUUUUAAGCUAGCUGCUUAUUUUAGUAUCCUUGACACUUCUCCCCCUCCAUCCACUUAGACAGCAUGAAGCCAAAACACCCCCUGCAACAGGUGCCACACACAAUGCGCUGGUGACAACAUUUGUAGCCAUGCAGUAGAGACAGGCUAACCACUAUAACCUUUAUGUGAACCAAAAACACACACUUUACUUAUAGAACCAGAAACAAGAUCUCGAGGUCAGUCCGGUCUAUGUAAUGGCUCCAUGUAAAGGUUUAAAGUAGAUACACGUGUAUAAUAAGUUUAAUAACUCCUUUGUUAGCAUUUGUUACAUUUCCUCUGGUCUUCAACUGUUGAUCAAAAUGUCAGUUCUGUUAAAACAGCUUAAGAUAGUUUUGUUUUGUGAACUGUUGGAUGUGCUGCUUGACAGGAUGUGCGACAGAAUUGAAUCAUUAUAUAUAAAAAAAAAAACACCAGUUUUUACCAGUCAACAGCACAAAUCAAAAGAGUCUUGUCAUGUUAAACAUCAAUAACACAUCAACUUAUUUGUAUGCGUUCUCCAGCUGUAGAUAUUCUGAGGUCUGUAAAUUCAUCCUUGUUGUGAAAUUAGAAGCUAAUAAGAAAUAUUUUCUGUCUUUGUCAGAGCUCAGACCCAUUUGCCAAACUUUUACUUAGGUGACAUGGCAAACACUUUGCUCAUUGUCACACUGAGUAAGAAAGGCCGGCUUGAAGGUAAGAAACACACAAAAAAAACACGCAAACACACUACAAACUCACACCGCACACAUGCAUACUCACUUCUUGAAUUGCUGUCCCACAGAGGCUCUUAAGCAGCUGAGGACAAUGCUGCAGUUUGACCAAGUGCCAAGGCAGCUCGCUAUCACCAGACUGGUUCAGGCCAUGGGUGACGAGGGCGAUGUCGCGGGUAUCCAGGAAGUUGAGUCACUCAUGCAGAAACUCGGGACGUCCUUAAACAUGUCCAAAAUGGUGUUUACCAACAACAAGGCCCUGGCAUACAUCAGGAAGUAAGACGGCUUAUCAAAGGGUGUAUUUAAUGAUUUUAGGUUAAUUAAGAGUUUGGCACUAAUUUUCUAGGUAAGGAAACCCCUGUGCUGCUUAAAUUCCUCACAAAACAAAACCUAAAUCUGUAACAGUCAAGUCUCUACGAUAUCUGAAGUCCAAAGAUCAGAUAUUCUCCUGCAUAAGAUGUUUUAUAAAAGUUGUGGGACACUUGCAGAAAAUAACCGAGCCAUAUAGAGACGGAUAUUUAGGGAUAGACACUUAAAAAGAAAAACAAACAUGGAUGAACAAAACUUAAGAUUUUUGCCAGAACUUACCAUCCAACAUGUAGUCAUCUGUACUGCUUUGCAAACUCUGGCUGGUAUGCAGAAAGACAAAGUGGUUAAUGCAAUGCCAGCGACUAAGUGUGACAAGACCCAGACUAAUGCACUCCUAAAGAUUAGAGGGCGAGCGGGGCGUCAAGUACAAAUAGGAAACACAGACGUGAAAGGAUUAUUCAUGGCGUCCUUUUAAUGUCAUAAAACUCCCAUCCUCCACGCCGGCUUUGUCGCUUCUCAAACAAAAGAGAACAAAAUAUAAAAUACACUGUGCAUCAAACUUUUAUCGCGCUACCUUCAGCAUUAGUCCUGUCCCCCCCCGCUCGAACCGCAUUGUUGUCGUGCCAGCUCAGAGGGACAGCAGGAAGUGGAGAAUCGCACAGCGGUCUCACGCCCGAUUGGCCAUCGCAGCAAGGGCCUGUCAGCUUGAACCCUGACCUCUGGGAGCAGCGCUCUGAGCGGCUCUGACACGUGCGUCCCCGCUGUAUCUGACUCAAGCUGACUUGUUAAGAGCCGGGGCGGAAAAAGCGAGCAGGCCCAGGAAGCGGAGCGCCACAUUUAGAGGGGCCCCCCAUUGAAUUAUUCAGACGGUCCCAGUCGCAACAAUCAGCGUAGAUAUGUUCCCCCACCUCUGAACGCUUUCACAUAUACAUACACAAAGACGCACACACACCCCGCAUGUUAAAUAUUCAUCACGACUGGUGACGGUAGGAGAGAGCAGGCAGCGGAAAGUGUUAGCAGCGAGGUCGGGUUGCCAGAUCGAGUUGUUUUAGAUUUGUAGUGCUCUGGUUUUCAAGCUUUGUUUUUUGGUUUUGGAAACCUCAGCAGAAAAACAUUCACAGUCUGAGCGGGUUCGAGCAAGCGUCAGUGGAAGGUUUAGGGGUCUGCACUCAGCGGGAGGCUGUAAUGAAUAUGAAACCAAUGUCAUCUUAAUAAAUUAUUCUUUAAUUAAUUUGUUCUUCAAUUUAGACUUUUUCUUUCAUAAAAUUUUAUUCUAAUGUCCUUCCCUAAGUGGACAAUAACAUUUAUUCAGGAUCAUGAGUUUUUUCUCUGAUCUAAUUAGUCUUUCUUAUUUCAGCCAUAUGGACAAAUUUGUAAUCGAAUAAAAUCUUUCAACGGUAUUUCAAAGCCAGUGUAGAAAUAAGUGCUCCCUUUAUUCAAGAAAGAUGGAGUAAGGUGUCGGAGUUUUGGCUGUUUAGUAAAUUUAGUAUAGACAGUUUGGCAAGAAACCUGUUGAUUUAGGAAGACAUCUUAUUUUGGUUUUAUGGUGACAAUUGUUGUAAAUAGGUAAUUGGAUAUUAUCUGUUGUCUUAUUGUAUUGUUUACUGUGACUAAACUCACUCUUAUUUCCUUCCUUUCAUCAACCUCCUCCAGUGGUGAUGUGGAUUUAGCUUUAGAAGAGUUGGAGGGAGUCCUCACGAAUCCAGAAUUCAAAAACACGAGAAUAUCCUUCGUCUACAAGAAGGUCAUGGAGGAAAACAAUGACAAAGCCAUGGACAAGUGUAAGACGCUCACAUUCACACACACAAAGCAAACAUUUUGAUCAAAAAAUGAACACAUGCUGUGAAAGAGGACUGUUAAAUAGUAUUCCAGUUAAACAAAAUGUUUGUGUCUUGUUGUUGUGUUUCAGUGGCUGCAAUGGCUGAGCGACUAGCCAAUCAUUUCGCCCUCUACCAACCUGCAACAGAUCUCUUUCUCCAGCUGGUGGAUUUCGGCAAAAUAGAGGAUGCAAAGUUCAUGCUAGCUGUGAGUACUAGAUGUCAAUGUGUGUGUUUGUCAGUGUGUUUACACAUGGGUCUCAAAAUCUAUGUAGUCAAACAACAAACGUGGGAAAAUGCGAAGUAUAAGUGUAGGAAUCUAAAUGUGUUUCAGUAGAUUUUAACCAAGUAUAUUUUAAUACCGCCUAUACUUUUUUGUUUGGGUUUAGAUGAGCUACAGUUUUACACGUCUUUCUGGUCUUUUUGUUCCAGGAAUCAGAUACUCCGAUUACCAAAAUAAUUAAAAUUUAGGGGAAAUUUGCUGGUAUUGAUAGAAAUAAACUGUAAAAGAAUUCAAACACAAUGUAAAGUCAUCAGAAGUUUCACUUUUUUGUUUUCAAAGUUAAAAUCCAAUUUUUACAUUCAGACAUAACCAAAGACAAAUAGUCAUAUAUAUGUUUAUGAUAUACAUACAUGUGGUGUGUGUGUGUGUGUAUUUUUUUUCUAUCUGCGUUAUUUGUAAUACACAUCAAGUAUAUGAAGAUGCAGUAUUUGCCCUAUAGUUAAUGGGUGAUAUUCCAACCUGUUUGAGUUUCAAACCACAGCUUCAUUCACAGCUAAAACGGCUAAAAUGAAAGAAAACAGACGCUCAAGAAAAAGCCACGUGUUACACAGUAAAUGAAGGUUAUAAAGUUUCAUAUUUUUCAACUUUAGUCACUUAUGCUAGUGUUGAUAUUUAGAUUGGAUGAAAAGCAAGAUCAGUACAACACCAGCAAAGCUCUGUGAAAAGUUUCUUUUCGGGCCACUUUAAAUAAAUUUUAAAUAGUGUGGAGCACUCUGUCCUGAUGCGCACUGCCCCCUUUGAGUAGCUUGCACUUGGCUGCAUUUGAAAUAAGUAUAUAUUGAAGUAAUUAAAAAAAAAAGAAUCAACAAGGGAGGUGGGGAUGAAUUUAGUCCAUCACAACUGCCUGAUGUAUUCGUCCAGUUUUGUAACCCGCCACUAUCACUGACUUAUUUAUCCACCGUCACAUUUGUGUCAGGAAAAGCUUACCCACACUCCUCCUCUGAGUCUGGUGGUCGGAAGUUGGCCUCCUGCCACUUCACUUAUUCAACACGGUUCAUACAUUACAGCUCGAUGGCUUUGCAUUGAGCCGGGGGACAUGAAUAUGAAGGAGCUGGAUGAGUGAGAGACACGAGGAAAGAUGAGGAGGAAGAGAGUUUAAACAAGAAGGGAGAAGGGAAAACAAACUGAGAUACAGACGCUGCGUUUCAGGGCCCCUCUCAGCCUUUUAUUUGCACGUGCACAGUCAUGAGCAACUUAAUACUCUCAAUUUGAGCACUCUAUCACCUUUUAGCAUUAUGAUCUAAUAAUCUUUGCGGCUUUUAUCCAGGGUAUCCGCGAGGUCUUAAAAAGUCUUAACAUUUCUAAAAUCCAAUAAUUUGAAUAUAAGGCCUUUAAAUGUCUAAAAUUCUUUUAAAAUCUCAUAAAAUGUCUUAAAUAUGAUUUUGAAAGGUCUUAGAAAUGUAUUAACUUCAUUUACAAAUAACUUUACAUACAAAUAAAGAUUAAUUUGAAGUAAUGUAAAAUGUUCUUUAGUACUUUUUGCCAGUAGGGAUUUAAAAUGGGUCUGAAAUUAUAUUCACAACGGUCUAUAAAAAGUCUUAAAUUUGACUUGUUGAAAUCCACAGAGACUCUGAUAUAUUUUCUUGUUUCCCUUUGAUCCAUUUUAAUCAUUUUAACUUAUAGUUUUGUAAUUCCCACUGCAAGUAAUGAGGUCAAAACAGCAUAGGAAAAGAGCUUCAAACACAAAAGGUGUCAGUAUUUAAUAUUCUAAACAUGCAAUAAAGAAGGCUGGGACCUUUACAACAUUAGAAUUCAAGUUGUAAUACCUCCUUUUUACAGUCCAGAAAUUGGAUACUAAUAGAUCCUGGUUUAGUCUUUCUAUCUUUUAUUUACUAUGUGGGUCAGUUUAAAGAGCGUCCCGGGUCGAGACUUACAGCGAGGGAUACUUGAAGACACAGUAGGACUCAUAAACCCUGCUGGAUCCACUCAGACAUGGAAGCGACAUGUGUCUGCUCCUCUUCCAUCCCUGACAUCUUGAGUGAUUAUCCCUCUCAAUCUUUAAACAGGGAUGUCUGACUGGCAUGCAUGUUAAUGAACAGAUACAUUUCUCGCCACUCUCAUCUUCAUCACUAUUUAAACAUGAACCAUGGAUUACAUGAUUUUGAAGCCAUAAUAUGCUUCUUGCUUGAUAUGCAGCUUGAUUUGAAAUGUUGCCUUCCUCUUUACAAGACGGAAGAGGAAUGCUAAGAAACAAGUUCUUCAAUUUUAGUUAUCCUGGGACAAGACAUGUUUGAGAUAUUCUUAGCAGGGGGGAAAAAAAGGACGAUAAAGUGAAGUAAGGACAAAAUAACAUGAUUCACAGCCUAAUUUCACUCAUAGUUUGGAAAGUAAGCCUUGCCACAUUUCCUCCAUGUAAUGAACCUUGAACUCCACACACAGCUGGAUUUAAAGACAUCACAUAAACACCAUUAAAAAGUAGGGGUCGGUGUCGGAUAGGAGGAAAAAUAACAAGGACACAUUAAGGAAAGACUAUUUUAAAACACGUUUCCCAUUUGUCUUUGUUGCCACAGUCUUAAUUCAGACACUAAUGUGACCCCACCUCAACUGCAGUGCUUUUUUUUCUUUUGGGUCCCUCACCAUGGCCUGUUUACGUCGUCCUCUUUCCCCCCCCUUCCCGUAACCGCUCUCCCAGGGUCGCUGGAGGGUAGCAGCCCAACUCCUCCAUCAUAAGUGAAGCAGGACCAAAACUCUGAAAAGCUUUUAAGUAGGCAAGCAGACAAUAAUGAUGACAAGGCUAUCAGGAGAGAAGGAGGUGAGGUCGGUGGGGAGCAAGAGGAGAGCGAGAGGGAUGAAGUCAGUCAUUAAGAAGUGAAGCAGGCAGACGACUCGGCUACGGCUGCUUAUGUGCGUGUGUGCUCUGGGAGGGUUGAUUGCGGAAAAAGAGGAAGAACUCCCUCGAUGUAGAGAGCUUUUAGGCGGUAUGUGUGAGAGGCAGGGGAGACGGUAGGCCUGGAUGGUUGACUGUCACCUUUGGGAGUGGUUGGUAUUGCAAUGAGGGUGAAAAAAAGGAGGAGAGAGAGAGCAAGAGAGAGAGAGAGAGAGCACAGAGCAAAGUUGAGUGAAGUGGCGCUGUGUUGCUCUAAUUGACUGAUUGUGCUAAAGCCAUUUUGCUGCUUUGUGACUCAGAAAGACAGCAGCUUACUGCUCAGAAUGUGUGAGAGAGAGAGAGAGAGGGUGUGGGGGGUCAUCCUGUUAAAAGCCUCACAGGCCACUUACUUUUAAUUCAGUUGGAGAAGGAAACACGUUAGUUUACGACUGGCUAGUAAUCGGACCUUAUUGCUGCUCAGCCAGGAGAACAUACACUCAUUCACUUAGCAUUGUUAAUGCAUCUCCUGGAAUCACACACACACACACACAGCUACACACAGACAGAGUGUAUUGUAUGUAGGUUUGCAUGCCAUGAUAAGCAGUGAUGCAAGGGUUAAGUCUUCAGCUAAAGCAGUCUCUCAGAUUAUCGCUGAGAGAGUCGAAUUGGGAUGUUUUCACAUAGAAAUCCAUCUGAACAGCUGCGGUCUUCUUAAAAAAAUGCAAUGGUAGUGUCUCCUUGUGUUGGGUCAUUAUUGGAUAUAUUGGUUUGUGUGUAGUUAAAUGAAAACCAACAAAAAGAGACCUUAAGUUGCGAUUUUUCCAUCACAAAGUAUCGCAGUUUAUUUUCGAAAUCAGAAAAAACAUCAGUGCUUUCAAUCUUAAUUUUCUGUAGAUUAUUCCACUUUUUAGUAGACAGUACCUGAUAAUUUAAAGACUUGUUCCUGAAGUAUUUUCAGUGUAUUCCCUUAUUAGCUGAUGAGGUUAUCUAUGUUCUCUGAGUCUAUUCUGAUAUAAACCCAAAGUCCUGCGUAUGCUCUGUGUAUAGCGUCAUUACAUACAUUUGGUCCCGUGUUUGGUCCGGUGAGCUUUCACACUGCAUACGAACCGAACCAGGGUUCACUUGCAAGCGAACAGGGACCCACGUUUGCAGGUGGACCAGAGUUCGCUUGUUUGGUCCGCGCCAGAGUUCGGUUGAGCUUUCACACCUGCCCAAACGAAGCGGACUAUCCGAGGAAACGAACUCUGGUCCGUUUAAAGCAGACCAAACAGCUCUGGUGUGAAAUAACUGGAUUUACACCACCACUUUUUUCUGGUAUUUAAAUUGUGUAUAUUGUAGAUAGUUUUAUUUUUCUUCUCCCUUUUUCCUUUUUCUAUUUUUUUUCUUAAUUAUUACAUUUAUUUAAGUUCUUAAUAUUAGGAUCUUUAUUUUUAUAACUGCAUUUUUGCACUCUUUGUCUGUGAUGCUGCUGUGAAAAAAUUACCCCCAUGGGGAUCAAUAAAGGAAUAUUCUAUUCUAUUCUAUUCUAAAGUGACCAAAGUGCAAAAAGCUGCAGUUCCCACAGUGUCCACUUGAGGCUGGCUCCAAAAAGCCAAGGAAUCACCAUUUGAGCUCAUAUUAAAAUGCAAGGAUUUGUAAUGUCUUGUAAUUACCGUCCUAUUAACUGAUUAGAAUUCAAAAGCUUCAUUGGUCACUGUCCACUCUUAUGUGUUUGAAGAGUACAGGUUGGAGAGUCUGCACUGCCUAUAUCUCACAUCAUAUCUCUCUCUCUUUCUCUGGCUGUCUAUCUUGUUUUGUCCCUCUUGUCUUGCUGUAGCGCUGCAACGCCAUAGCCGAACAGAAAGACGCAUUCUUCGGCUACUUGAUACGGACCACCGAGGUUCCUGGACAGGUACAUCCACACAUUAAGAGACUUGCAUGAGAUCCAUGUUAUGACAAGUAGGAAAUAUUAUUCAACCGUUUAUUGAAGCUUUAUGUAGAUUUAAAAUGUAACUUAUUUGUUUAUAAUACAAGGAUACAACUGUUUUUAAAAGCAGUUUUUAAGCUUCAUUUUAGGUCGAAAUCUGUCAAACUUUUAUUGUACUGGAGGAGGGUUUUCUGCCCCAGCGUCUUGGGUGUGGUGUUGAUUUGAAAUCUGUGACCUUUGUAUCAUUUAAAAGUUCAGGUUAGUCCGAAAGUGGAGGGCAGCUACUUGAAAUACAAAUGCUGAUCACCUUGGCAUCCAUAUAUCAAGACAGAGUUUUAGAUGUUGCUUUUUUUAACCACUUUUUUCAUGCAAUUAGAGCAAAAAAACAGUGUUUACAUUUUUAUUCACAGUUACUUCCAAUUUUAAAUGUAUCUGAAUGAAUGUAAACACACCAAUGAUUUCUGUUUGUGUCUGCAGUUGGAAAAGCUCAAGAACUUGCUGAGCCUGGUUCCAGAUUGCUUGGAGAAGGAAAGAGUGAACACCUUCCUGAUGAAAUGUCACAGUAAGACACACACACACAUACCCAGACACACUAACACGAGCUCUGAAUGCGUCUUGUGGAGCCGCUAACGGUGCAGCUAGCGGCUCGGUGGACUGUGGCUAAGUCAACAUUUGCGUAUCCAUUAACAAUGCAUCAGGUCAAGCAGUGUGUGUGUGUGUGUGUGUGUGUGUGUGUGUGUGUGUGUGUGUGUGUGUGUGUGUGUGUGUGUGUGUGUGUGUGUGUGUGUGUGUAGUCAGACAUUCAGGGGUUAGAGGAACACAUGUCCUCUAAUGAGUUAGCUGUCCUGGCUAGCCUAGCGUGCUAAUUGCAACACGGUCCAGCACUCGACUUCCCCUUUUCAGUUUUCCUCCUCUCAAUCGCUUCUUGAUCUCCCCCACCCUUUUACUCCCCGUCUGUCUUUUCUUGUCCUCGGUUUCUCCUUGUCCUCCCUUCACUUCUUCUUCUACCUUCAUGCUUACAUCUCAUCUCCUCAUGUCCUCCCCUUUACUUCACCUUCUCACCCUCUUGUCGUCCUUCCUUCCUAUCUUGUCAUUGUAGAGAUGAGCAGACAUGACUAUUUAAUUAGCAUUAGCUAGCUGGUUGGUCAAGGCUGCCAUAGGGGAGACAAUUAGAGAUGCUCUGCUGGCCUCUGUUCUCUGCCCUGUCUGUGUGCUUUUUAUUACUUUUUAAAGAUCGUCCUUUCUCUUGUGUCUCUAACACUUUUUCUCGAGAGAGCAGAGACCAGACUCCUUUUGUUUCUGUCUCUUUUGAUGCAUAUAAUCACUCACAAAUGUAUUCCAAUCUGACUAACAGAUGUUUAGGAACAUUAUUUCUUCUUAUCAGUCAUUAGUUUUAGUUCUGUCCUACUAAAAGAGAUAGUUAACAAAGUAGUCGAUUUCAGCUCAAACUGCAGCAGGCAUGUGAAUCUAAAAUUGGUAUGUUUUGUGUUUGGUAUGUAAUAAGAUUAUUUCCUACGACGCAGUUUAAGGGCCACAUUAAGAAAAAAAAACUUAAGACUUCAUAAUUACGGGAAUAAAGUCGUAAUAAAAUCAUUACUGACAAGAAUAAAGUCCUAAAAAAGUAAUUACUUACAAGAAUAAAGUUGUAAUGGAAUAAUAACGACAAUUAAGUUGUAGUAAAAUCAUUUCUUACUAGAAUAAAGUCAUAAGAAAAUCAUUUCUUACGAGAAUAAAGUUGGAAUAAAAUCAUUUCUUACAAGAAUAAAGUCGUAAUAGAAUAAUUACGAGAAAAAAUUUGUAAUAUCAUUUCUUACAAGAAUAAAUUUGUAAUAAAGUAAUUACAAGAAUAAAGUCGUAAUAAAAUCAUUACUUACUUUACGAGAAUAAAGUAAUAGCUAAUAGCUAUUCUAACCUGUUGUUAGUUGUAUAAAUGAGCGCUGUGGAGCAUUUAGAUGAAUUGAACUUCAGUUUCUAGGUUUCACAAACAAGGAGAUAAAUCUUUUGGCAUUUCAGCAUCACAUUGUCAUAAGUAUCAGGACAUAUGCACGAAAUGCACAUUUUCCGCAGAAAGAACCAGGCGGACUUGUCGGAAAUCGCUGUUUUUGAGGAGGGGGAAAUGGCUGGAAAUAGCUGUGCAGAGGCUAAAUCCCUCAAUGCAGUCCUUUAUAGCAAUAGCAUUUGGCUUUAGUUUAUCGUAUGAAUCUAUAAGCCAUAAGGUGUCGGUGCCUCUGCAGGUGUAGGUUGCUGCAGGUGUAACAAUAAUUUUAUUACGACUUUAUUCUGGUAUGUAAUGGUUUUAUUACAACUUUAUUCUCCUAAAUAAUGAUUUUAUUACAACUUUUUUCUCAUAAGUAAUGAUUUUACCAAGACUUUAUUCUCGUUAGUAAUGACUUUAAUCUCAAAGUCUUAAUUUUUUUUUCUUAAUAUGGCCCUAAUACUCCUUCGUAAUUUUUCUCACCAUCAAGUUUGAUUCUUUUUUUUUCCUUCUACAGAUCAGAUUUUUUUUAAUGAGCGUUUACAUUCAGACACCACGUUUAAUUUUCUGUCUCUUUUUUCUCCCUUUCUCUCUCCCCUCUCGUCUGGCAGGCAUGGAUAAGGACUUUCCAGCAGCCAAAGCUCUGUACGAGCAGAUGCUAGAAGAGGGAGUGACUGUGAACGAGCUGUCACUCAAACGGCUGGCUAUGCUUUACCGCAGUGCAGGAGAGCCGGUGCCCUUCACUGAACCCCCCGUGAGUCUCCCUCCUACAAACAUACACGUACAGUAUAAACACCACACAUGUGCCAAGAGACGCUCUGUGCAAUCACUCAGCUGCAUAUGUGAUUAACUUGUAUGUUUUAGGAUCUUAGACUGAUGUAUUUUGAUUUUAAUAAAUUUGGAAAACGUUCAUCUCUUUAAAAAGUGUGGAACCCGUACCAGGGUGCCUGACCUGGUUACCAUUUGUUGCAUGUUUUAUGCUUCUAGGGGUAUUGAGCAGUCACAAAUCAGCAGGUUCCAUAUUAUAAACAUCAAUCUGACUUUGAUUUAUCUGUAAAUCACAGCUUAUGGUCUGUUUCCAGUCAAAAAUUUUAAAGUUAAUAAUAACCUUGUUUGAAGCUGUUCUGCAAAAGCCAAUUAGUGUUGAGAUAUCCCAGCUCCCUUGAAUGCAUCACUUAUUAUCGCCUUUGCUUCAUUCAACAAACAAAUGUUUUAAAAGCUUUUCUUUUUCCUCUUGAGAACUGUCCUGACAAAGCUUUCAUUUUUGCUUUUUACAAAUCCCCAUCAUGAUGAUUUUUUACAACAAACUUAAGAAAUAUUAAUUGUCGGUAAAUCACAAGAUAAGCAAAUACUCAUUCAGGUUCAGUAAGCGGAAGAAAAACUCGUGUUAUCCGCUCAGAGAACCGAGAAAGAUAUGUCCACUUUGCAGACGUGUCUCAAUUUACUUACAUGCCUUAACCUUUCUAUAUUGAUACAUCAACACAACAACAUUACCAUAUACAGAUCAGCAUACAAAUAGGAAAACAUGCACACCUCCCGGCAGCCUAAAGUGUGCUGGCAGAUGUCCAGCUGGUGUCCUAAUGUGUGCCACAGUGUGUGCACUGUAGUAAUGUGGCAGAGCAGUCAGGGUAGCUCAGGGUAGUUCAAUUUACAGACGCCUGCAGCUAGCCUGUGUGUGCGCAUGUGUGUGUGUGUGACAGAGACUUUGCCCACGGUCACAGAGUACAUACACUGUGUAAGCGAGAUGGUGUCACUGCAAUAGCCGCUCUUCUUUUCCCAGCUCCUAGUGUUUUUUUAGCGUUUCAGCACAUUGCACAUUUUGUAAGUUGAUGUAGCCCUAUUUUUGGCCGUGGACUCACACACAUACACGUGUACACACACACACACACUCAUUCGGCCCUUUCAACCCCCAGCACUUUGGUGUGCUGUCCCCCCGAGGCAGGUGUGGACCAGAGCCCACCUCUUACCUCGCCAUCACUCACCUGCAGUGUAAAGAUAGAAGGAGAAAGAGGGGAUGAAGGUGGAGACGCUGCUGCAUUAUUCACUGAGUGUCAGGAUAGUUAAGUGAUGGCUGGCUUUAUAAGCAAAGCAAAGCCAGAGGAGGUACAAGGAGAGGGAAAGGUGAAUAUAGUCCACGUUUUCAGAAGUUUCCACAAAUAAGUCUGGGAUAGAAACAGUCCACUGCCCUCCUACCUGCUCCGACUACUUUCUCUCUGUAUGUAGGCUCCCAAACAUUUCGACAGCCUUUCUCGGCACCAACACAACAGAUUUUCUUCAGUGACAAUGUAUUUGGCUGUAACAUGUAACAUGUUGUUUACUGCCCAAAUGAACCUGUACUAUGACAACUACCGUUACCCUAAGCUUAUCUCCUUUGUCAUUUGUUCCUCAUUUGUCAACCAAGCUGUCAAUCAUGUUGUCAUAUGCGCCAUUUUUAACAGCUAAAAACUAAUUCAAGCAUCACCCAUCCCCUGUAUGACACUUUAUGAGCACAAAAAUUAGCGCCAUGAUGAAAACUAAAAUUUGACAUGUACUUUGAUUUUCUAGUUUGACCAGUGUUGCACUUGUUAUAAUCAAGGAGGCGGAAUUUUGUGACCUAUGCUGCAGCCUGUCACUAGGGGGAGCUCUGAAAAAUUUGGCCUCACAGGAGGUCGCUGUUGCACUGUGCAUGAUUUUAUACAGUCCACAAGCAAAAUGUUCAAACUAAAAGAGCAACUAAUACCAAGUCUGAGCAGAAAUGAAAAGAAUCUACUGAUCUUGUACACACAGCUCCAUGACAACAGAUGAUUCUGGUAACAUUGUAAUGUUCCAGCUGUUCAUCACAUAUAAACCCUAAACACUCAAGAGAUGAAUGUUGCCGACCGCUUGCUUCCCUAGUUAUACCAACUUCAGUAACGACCGCAGGAUAGCAAUACACAGCGGUCUCAGGAGCCAUAAACAAACCUCAACCAAAAAGCCACUCUAUAGCCACAAAUAAUGCUCAGAACAGCACCUAACUUCAUCAACAGUACAUAUAGGGUCCUAGCCACAGCACUAGUCAUUAAACAUCUUCUUAACUUUGCCUAAUUUCUUUAGCAAAGAGACUAAACACAACUCACCCACUCUCUUCCAGCAGCCGUUUGUUUGUAGCGAGACCUUGACCAGUCCAUCAUUGACUAAGGCAGGGUGACGCAGCUCAAGGAAGAACAUUUAUGAUCAUUUCUUUGUGGAAAUGCAAUCAGACCGAGAUGCUAAGGCAGAAGAACUACUGUGUCUGCAGUGCAAAAUAAUUAAUAUGCUGAUUAUUACUUCAAGGAAAUGAUAAAAAAAAAGAUCAUAAAUGUUCUUCCUUGAGCUGCGUCACCCCGCAGUAGUCUGUAAUGGACUGGCCUGUGGUCUCGCUACAAACAAGCGGCUGCUGGAAGAGAGCGGGUGAGUUUUGGUUGAGGUUUGUGUGUGGCUCCUGAGACUGCUGUGUAUUGCUAUUGUGUGGUCGUUACUAAAGUCGUUAUAACUAGAGAAGGAAGCGGUCGGCAACAUUCAUCUCUCGAGGGGAUAUCUAACUCUGCGUUGCGUUGUGUUUGACCCUAAAUUAAUUUUACGCCGGAAUAUCCCUUUAACUGGGACUACAUGUUCCGGAGAAAGUUUUUAACUGUAAUAAAAAAGGCUAGCCCAUCAGGAGCACUGUUCCUGUAAGAAGUGUUGCAGUGCAAUGUACCAAACUAAACUGUAUUUCCUCAAAGCAACACAAGUAAAGUUUAAUUCUAUAGAGUGUUGAAAAAGGCCAAAAUCCACAACUGAUACUGCAAAACGUAGACAAAAAACUAGAUCUUGAGGGAAAAUCUGUUUUAUAAUUAGGGUAAACGGACCCUUUUGAUGGUGCUCCAAACCCCUGCCAGGAUCUCUUUAUUUUUUUUUUUCCCUUCGUUAACACAGCUUUCAUUUUUAUCAGCGUUUAUUACUACAUAAAAAAAGCAAACAUACAUUGUAAGACGCCAGUGUAAUCUGCAGAAAAGCUCUCACCUUCUCCCCACCUCCCCAAAAAACCCAAGCACAACACUUUGUCUGGAUCAAACCCCUGAUUAAUUAGCCAGAACAGAGGCUGAGAGGGAAGGAGCGUGUUUGGGGAGCGAACUACAAAUCCCUUAUUUGUGUAUUAAUGGGGAUUUAAAGAUGAAACGAGGCAACCUGGUCAGAGAGUGGAGACUAUUUAGACAGACCCAGGAGGGCUCCGACAGCUGCUUACUUUUGGAAAGCGGCGAGACAGAAACACACACAAACAAACCUCUGCACACACACCUUACACCUCCACCGUACAACAGAUGAGCAGUUCUGCUUUUUCUUUCACGUUUGACUCUAAAUCGUCUUUUUCUUUACAGGAGUCUUUUAGAUUUUAUGCAAACAAGCUAAAAGAGGAGGGCACCAAAGGCCAAGAGACACCUGAGGAAUGAAGAAGCAUCCUCCCCUUAUGUUCCCUCCAUCCAUACCCCGCUGAUUUCUUCCUUCCCUCCUUCCUCCCUUCCUUCUAUCCUUCCUUUUUUUUUAUAAAAGCUGUGUGAUCUAAAAUGUUGGGUAUUAUGUCAUAGCUGUCUGGUAUUUGAGUCUGUCAACUGCAUCUCUGAAAAUGUCCAAGAUGAUGUUGAGAAUGUACAGAAGUAUUUAUGCUAAUAAAUGAAGAUAGGAAUUAAA